AUGCUUUCUGCAACUCCCCUGUAUGGCAACGUUCAUAGCUGGAUGAGCAAUGAGAGAGUCCGCAUGUGUGGGAUUAACGAAGAGAGGUAAAUAUUUUAAGUUUCAGGAAAGUUAAACCACGCGGUGUUUCUGGAGAAGGGGGCUUCAGCGUUAGUUUGUUAGCUUUCUUUUAAUAGCUUGCAUGGAGAUAACUCAUGGAGGGCGCUUUUAUGAGACAAGAGUUGGAGAAGAGAGAUGUUAUGGGCGCAGACUCUCCCUUCGUGUACUGUUUUAACAAUCAGUGUUGCUCAGGAAACCAGAAGGGGGCUUAUAAAAGAUUAGCUCCCAAAGUCACCUCUUCCUCACAUAUAUUACAUACAUUCUCUCCCAAUCUUCAGUGUAUUUACUGGAAAGCAAACGCCUGUGAUUUUUAAUGAAACUUAUUUCAUGGCAUGCGUGCUUAAGGUUGUCCCUGUAAGUUAAUUAUUUUAUUAUUUUUAGUUUAUUAUUUUUAUUUGUGAAAAAGACAAGAACAACAUGGAUUCAGGUUUUUAAUUUUAAUUGGUCCGCAUUACGUGGCCUGCAACUUAAGAUAAUUUGCCCAGCAAUUAGAUAUUUCUAUAACUUUCCAUAAACUAGCACAAAGGUCAGAGUUUGGCCCCAGUUCAGAAACCAUUCGUCAUUCUUCAUUGAAAUGAAUGGGGCAAGUUAGUCAUGAUUAAUCUAAGCCACAUUCGCUGCAACGAGACUGAAGCAGGGCUAACUUUCUCUGGAUUGGGGCCUUGUAAAAGCACACCAAAUACAGUUUUUUAAAGAGACUUUACAAAAUAGUGGACAAUGCUAUAAUUCUUUACUUCUAAUUAUUAAAAUGAAGCAAGCACACUGCUUGUGUUUGCAAGUACUUUUGGUCAGAGUUGUGCGCUAUAGAAAAUAAAAUCAGGACACCAUCGGGUCAUUUAAUAACUUUCUCAGAUAGUUUGAAAACAGCACACGAAAAUUAUGAGUUCCGAGACACUGAGGGGGAAUGCCAUGGCUGUGUAUAUUGUUAUCAAAUGUCAAAGGAAGGAGGUGCACAUGAGCAAAAUGCUAUUGUUCUGUUUCUAUCCAAUUGCAUCCUGUGGCUAUUCCAGUAGGUGUGGGUUGUAACAAUAAUAGCUGGAAACAGGGCAAAAAUGUGGGUGUUGCUUUUACUUUAAAAAUUGAUAGUGCCACCACUUUAAAUAUCCUUCUGGGUAAUGAUGAAACUUCCCUUCUGCUGUAUGUCAGCAAUUGUGUCCCUGGGAUUUGAAAGUUGGCACUGAGGUGCGUUCUUUUAUCUGUGUUUUCUGUGAUAACAAGUCCCUGAGCUGCUACGCUGCUAACACACAGAUGUAUGGUUCCUUCUUCAGCACUGAACAGCUGACAUUUGUAUGAUCUUAGAAGUGUGUGGGUUUUUCCUGUCUCUGUAUAUGUGUGUGUAUGUACAUAUAUAUAUAUGUAUGUAUAUAAACGAAAAUAUACAGGGUUGUUUGUUUCUAAAUAAAUAAAUAAAUAAAUAAAUAAAUAAAUAAAGCGUAUUUACCACCACGUAUUGCUUUAGCAGAACUCCUUAACUGGAAAUAAAGUCAAAAAACAUUUUUUCAUCCCUGAACUCUAUAGAGAGAGAAAAAGCCCAAUUAGAGGGCAAAUCUGUUAAUUUUCUUCUGCACUGAUGUAUUGAUAAAGGUAAUUUAAUAGAAACACUGCAGUCAGAUCAAAAUGUCAAACCAUUAACGUUGUGUCUGUAAGUCACUUUUUAAAAAUAUCUCUUGAAAAUAGGAAAAUCCCAGUUAAUGAUGGAGAUGCUUCGAAAAGCAGGUUGGAAUUAAGGGAAGAAAAUCACCUGAACCACAGUGUGGUAAGAAACCGAUAGUUCCAUUUGACGACAAAAGGUUUUUCACUGGAUUUUUGUGCUAUGGCUUCAGUUUCAAAUACCUAUUUGGGACUAAUGAAAGUUGCUGUUAAACCAGAGGUGGCAUUCAAAUAUCGGGUUACGGUUGCAUCCUUUUGUAUAUAUUUCUAGUAUCUGAGUCUUAAGCAUUUUUUUACUUCGUCAUAUGCUUAAUAGCACAUCAUGAACACUCUAAGUCAUGAUUGCUCUAAAUAACAUUGCUUGGCAUAUUUCAGUUAGCCUUUUGAGAAUUUCAGUGACUGACAGCUGGUAGCCUUGGGUGGACAGAAUGGGGUGUGUGAGCCUUUGCUAUAGUUUCAGUGUCUAGAGAGGAACCACCUAAAGAUGAUCCUAAAGAUGUCACAGGCUUCUUGAAAGAAUGGUGGGAUAUAAAUAUAAGAAAAUUGGAAGAACUAGAACUAGUACAAUCUGCAGUUUAGGGCUGGCUGAGUGUUAGGAAUGAGAUUGGAGCGAAAGUGCCCCAGGGCCAAUGCUUUUAUUCUAGAAAAAAAGGGUGUUGGGGCUGCGUACCCCUGAGUACCCCCGGGAAAAAGCACUGCUGUUUUUUCUUGGGGCUUAGAAGGACUGUGGAGGCAAGGCCUUUGCCUGCUUUCACUGUAGUGUGUUUUGCUUCUUAGAAUUGGGAGGCCUACUUUCUCUCAUCUUGUGUAGGAGCAAACAUUUGGAACAGAGGAGAGACCAGUGUUUCUGUUUCUUCUUCUUCUUCCUCCUCCUCCUAUCCCCCUUCUUCUUCUUCUUCUUCUUCUUCUUCUUCUUCUUCUUCUUCUUCUUCUUCUUCUUCUUCUUCCAACUUAUACACCACCCUAUACCCAGAGGUCUCCUGUCAUACAACUACAUGACGCGAUCUUGCUUUCUCCUUUCCCGCAAGCUCCUCUUUGUUCAUAUGAGGAUGCUGGGAAAGGCAGUAGUUUAGCUCCUCUGCUGGCCUGUGAAAGUUAUUAACGCACAAUGCUAUAUUUGUCUACUUGGAAGUCAGCCCCAUUGAGUUCAGUGGGACUUUCUCCCAGGUAAGUAUAUAUAGGAUUGCAGCCUAAAUAUCACUUAUUUUGGCUAUCAAUAAGCAGAGGAACAGAAGUAAAAAAAAAGACUCAGUGUCAUUAUUUGAUUUAAAUGAUUUUUGGAAUAUAAAUAACUUUGCAUCUGAGGGUCCCCGUCCCCCCCCCGGAAGCAUACCUUAUGAAAUGUCCCUUGUUGGAAGCGAGUACACACAUGGUUCUGGAAAUCAGUUUUUUUAAAUGGGACAGUUGGUUGAGUAGCAAAGAUUUAAGGAUAUUAUCCUAAAAUCCAUGUAGAUGUUUUGCUAAGUAUGAAAGGAUCUAGAGACCUAUUAAACUAAGCUUACUUAAAAAAUAAUAAUCAAACUUGGCAGGACUCAGACUCCACAGACAGAAGAAUGAAGCAGGCUAAAAUUUUAAAAUUUGAUUUCCUUUAUUCCUCUGCAUUUAUCAGUUUAAUCAGCCCACAUUAGUUUUUCACAAUGAAAACAAUGUAUUUGCUUCCUUUUGUUUCCCACAAUGUUUUUUUUUAAGUACCUGUAGUCUUGAAUAGUACUUGACUAAAUGCCAAAGUCACCUCUCUCUUAUUUCACAAAGGUGGAUGCCACAGCAGUGCAUCGCAUUGACAGCCUUGCAGCUCUGAGCAUGGACCGGUCUGGACUUAUGCGGGAAGGGCUUAGAGUCCCCAGCAGUAUUGUCUAUUCCAGUUUGUGUGGACUUGGCUCAGACAAGCCCCGGGACACUACAAGUGCUAUUGCUGGCCUUGGAUUUGCUCCUGAAAGAAAUCCAGAGAUGCAGUUCAAGUCUAAUCCCACUGAAGCAAUUGAAAAUGCAGCUGGAAAACCCCCAAAUGGCUUCAGUGCUAUGUACAAAACGCCACCUGGAAUACAAAAAAGUUCGCUUCCGACUGGGGAGACCUUAGGCUUGGACAGAAGCUCAAGCGACAAACCGAGUCCUCUCAAUGUCAAUGGUGCUAGUUACCUAAGGCUACCCUGGGUAAAUCCUUACAUGGAGGGUGCUAUUUAUCCUUUUCUCGAAUCACCAAAUAAGUAUUCGUUGAACAUGUAUAAGGCCUUGCUACCUCAGCAGUCCAAUUACAGCUUGCCACAGCAUCUGACCUACUCGCCCGUAUGUACAAAUGGUGAACGUUUUUUAUACUUGCCACCUUCUCAUUACGUUGCUCCCCACAUUCCGUCAUCGUUAGCUUCACCAAUGAGGAUCUCUGCUGCAACCGCAGCUCCAGCUAUUCCCCCUCUAGGACACUGUCCAGAAAAGAGCUUGUCUUGGAAGAUGGGAGUCGGUCCCGGAACUCCUGUGGACUCUCAUGCCUAUCCACAUAUCCAGAAUAGCAAGCCUCCCAGAGUCCCUUCUGCAAAGCCAGCGGCUAGUAAUAUGCCAACAGACCCCACUGUUCUCUUGUCUCAUUCACCGAGACCAUCACCUAGAGUUCACCUCCCGACGCAGGUUGGGGACGCUUACUCGGAGUUUCAGAAACACUUUUCCAGGAUUUCGACAUCUCCUUCUUCAGUUACACUCCCAAAGCCAUACGUGAAUGUAAGCAAUGAGUUUCCUCCAAGAGUCUCCGGGGGGAAAGCUCCUAAAACACACGACACAGGCGAAAUCUCUCAGCAGCCUACAGUGCAUGCAAGGAAAACAGGUCACGACAGGAAGGACAGCAGAUCCCCUCCACUGUUAGAAAAACAACAAACUGUUACCAAAGAGAUUAUAGACAAACCAUUGGAUUUGUCAUCAAAAGUUGUUGACAUGGAGACAACCAAAUCUGAUCAUGUUAAGAAAAUGGCGCCAACUGUGCUGGUUCAUAGCAGGGCCGGAAGUGGCUUGGUUUUACCCGGAGGUGAUCUUCCAAAAGAAACCAUUUCUCCUGGAAGCGGUUGCCCUGUCUAUAGACCUGAAAUAAUCAGCACGGCGCCUUCCUCCUGGGUUGUUCCUGGUCCAGGUCCCAAUGAAGAUAACGGUGGUAAAAACAUGCAGUUGAAAAACAAAGCAUUGGACUGGGUGACGCCACAACAACGGAGUUCUUCUUGCCCUAGGAUGGGGGGUACAGAAGCAGUUGUCAGUAAUAUUUCAGGGUCUGUAUCAAGCGGAGGUCGCCCAGCAUCUGCUUCUCCUGCCCCAAAUGCCAAUGUCGAUUGCCCUAAGACGACUAGCUCAGUAGAGACCACUGCAUCUGUCAUACAGCACAUAGGACAACCUUUAGCAGCAGCAUCUUCAAAGCAUAGUAAUAAGGCAGCUAAAUGCAAUAAUCCAGAACCUAUCUUCAAAGCAAAUGAGAACACCCUUGCACCAACUUCCAUAUUUUUCCCUCCCAAUGAUGCAUUCCGAUCUCCACCAUUGCCCUAUCCAAGAAGCUAUCUCCCAUAUCCAGUUCCAGAAGGCUUAGCUAUAGGCCCUUUGUCUCUACAUGGGAAAGGACCUGUAUAUCCUCACCCUGUUCUGUUACCCAAUGGGAGUCUUUUCCCUGGACAUCUAGCUCCCAAACCUACCAUUCCAUACAGCUUGCCAGCCAGCAGAGGUGAGUUCAUGACCUACCAGGAUGCUUUGGGUAUGGGUAUGGUGCACCCAAUGCUGUUACCCCAUACAGCUUUGGAGCUGAAAGAUGAGAAAUCGGAAAGGAGGUCUAGAUCGCAUGAACGGCUCCGUUAUGAAGACCCUGCCUUGAGAAACCGAUUGCCUGAGAUGCUGGAAACCAGCACAAAACUACAUUUUGAAGUACCUGCAGACAGAAACACGAAAUUGCACCAAAGUUCAAGUCAUGGUAAAAAUACUACCAAAAGUGACAAGCACCUGUUUGCAGAACCGAGAGAGGAACAAGAUGUGAAAGGUGAAACGAACCUGACGAAACCUAGCUUUCCUGUUGAAAGCAGUAAUCAAGCAAGCGACCCCACAAAGCACAAGGUAGAACAAGGCUUCCCCCACAGAGAUUUCAUUGUGAUGAGAGAAGACUGUGGGAGAAGCAAUUUCCAUGAAGUUUAUAACUUCAAGCAAGCCCAGAGCCCACACCCAUCGAUGUUCAACUUAAGGAAAGAGGACCUUUCCUUAAGCCAGAAUAGGGAGAGGUUAACGGUUCCCACUUCCUCUGUGUUCUUGGAGGCUGCUCACGGAAACGAUGGCCUAGCUAUGUCCUUUUGCAAAAUGCCAGAUGAUGCUAAACAGCUUUGUAUGGGAAACACGCAGUCAAGUAUGGAAGUCAGUCAGGCAUACGCCAAAGAGGGAACUGAGGGCGCGGAACCUAAUGAUGGCAAAUUCCUGAAACCUAAGCCAUCUAACCUGGCAAAGAGAAUCGCAAACUCUGCUGGUUACGUAGGUGAUCGAUUCAAGUGUGUUACGACAGAACUGUAUGCAGAUUCUAGCCAACUUAGUCGAGAACAGCGGGCUCUGCAGGUGAGUUCUGAGGCUUAACUACCAAAGCAGUUUUUAAAAAAACACAGUUCACAGUUGAGAAUGAAAUAUGUACAACUCUAUAAGUCUAUCUUGAACUUAACUAGCAGUGGUAAUCUUGUGUAUAUUUGGGUUCUGCUAUGAAGCCAGGGGUAUUGGAGCGUUAAUAGAUAAGAAUUAUAUGUAGUUAAUUGGUGUAACAAAUAAUUUAAUCUCAUAAGCGUAACAUGUAGUAGUGAAAGGAAGCUGAAGAAUGCAUGACAUGUUUGUUUUUAAAGGUAGUUUGCUAUAGCUUGCCUGUGUUUGGCUAGCACUAUUAAAUACCAAAGGAAAGGCAGAAGUUCUGAUGAUUAUUUCAUACAGGACAUUUGAUUAAAAAGGAGUAGCAGCCAUAUGUUAGCGGGUUUAAUGCAACUUCUUUACCAAGCAGAAAUGUAGCUUAAAGGAAUAGAAGCUGUAGUGAAUUUGACGUUGAAUGAUGGCAAGUAUUGUAGGUUAUUUUUUAGAUUUGUGAAAGAAUUGAGUUAAGCCAAAUUGUUUUGCGUUGUUAAAAAAAGAAAGAAUUAGUUGAUGCUUAUAAAAAUGGAUGAAAUUAUCUAAAAUUUAAAUGAUCCAUUGAGUGCCCAUUUUAAUUACAUAGAUGGAAGGAUUACAAGAGGACAGUAUUUUAUGUCUACCUGCUGCUUACUGUGAGGUCAGUUCUUCAAAUUUUUAUUACUAGAAUCUUGCAUAAACCUUUGAGUUAAAAUUUCAUUUCCAAGUACACAAAGGGAAGUUGUGGGCCAUGGUCAUCUUUAUUCAUUGUUCAGUUUAUGUUUUGUUUCUUUGUUAUACCUCUCAAAAGACAAUGCUUUUUAAUACACAUAUAUAAAUAAAUAUAUAUAUAUAAAAUGCUAUUUACUUUUAUAUAUGGAAGAACUGUAUAUCAUUUGUGCAUAGAUACUACAUGCCUUGCAUAUUGAACACAUGGCAUUUUAAAACUUUAUAUAGAAUUGCGUGUAUCUCAAAACUUUGGGUUUGAGCAGAUAUUUUCUUUCGGAAAUACUUUUCAUAGAAGGUAAGGUAAAUGAAGUAGCUCUUAUUGUGAGGUGUCUUUCUUCCCCAUAUCAAUUCUCUUUCUAGCGUGCAAUGAUGCGCUUCUCAGAGUUGGAGAUGAAAGAGAGAGAAGGCCACGUAGCAACCAAAGACCCGGAGGUCUGCAGAUUCAACCAAGCAGACUGGGAAAACUUGAAAGGAAAUAAUGAAAAGAAACCUAAGUCUGUCACUUUGGAAGAUGCCAUUGCUGGGCAAAAUGACAAUGACAGAUGUAAGCAAAGUUUUUAUAUGCCUUUUUGAAAUUUCUGUGUGCCUCCUGUAGUCAUUUAGAGCAAAACAUGGCAAUGCCAUUACAGUGGUACCUCGGGUUACAUACGCUUCAGGUUACAGGCUCCGUUAACCCAGAAAUAUUACCUCGGGUUAAGAACUUUGCUUCAGGAUGAGAACAGGACACUGUGGCGGCGGUGCGGCAGCAGCAGCAGGAGGCCCCAUUAGCUAAAGUGGUGCUUCAGGUUAAGAACAGUUUCAGGUUAAGAACGGACCUCCGGAACGAAUUAAGUACUUAAUCCGAGGUACCACUGUACGUAGAUGUUAAAGCAUUCAGCUCCAAAAAGCUGCUGCACAGUCAUAGCAAUACCUACUGGGUGAUAUACAACAUUAGUCAUAGAGUAGACCAUUUGAUAACAGUAGAUGUCAGUGGGUCUUCUCUGAAUAUGACUAAUGUUGCAUAUCGCCCACUAAGUUUCCCUUGACAAGAAGUGAAAACAAGUUUCUUUCAUGUAAACAUUUGUCAACUGCAGCUCGUCGUUUGUGUAGCUUAAAUGUUGCGUCGGUCUUAGUGUGGGUUCUCUGUUGUCUUAAGCAGGGAGAAAGGAAGACAGGUAAUGGGAGGGUUGAGCUAAGUCAUAUAAUCAGAAAACCUUCCAUUUAGUUAUUUGAAGAGUGUGAACGUUAACAUUGUGUGUGUCUUGUUGCUUUUUUUGCAGAAAGCCACUGCAAUGUGGUGAUCUGUAUUGUGUAGUAGAAGCCUGCCCUCUCCCUCCAUAUCAGCAAACUGUUCUGUGCACAAAUUUUCCAUUCAUAGGCUUGUCAACUUCCAUCAGACCAGUAAAGAAUAAAACUAUGCCAUGAAUCAACAGGGCCAGCUGGUGUGGCAGCACCGUAGUUCUGAACUCCUGCCAGCACUGCUGCUUGCUGCUUACUAGGGUGAUGUGGGAGCUGGGCAGUGGUGACGCCAACGCAGCCUGGCCAUACUGGUGGAGCCAAUCUAGUGCCCCAACAGCUGCCCAUUACCUUUUAAAAUUGGGGGUGAUUUGUUCUUGAUUUUGGCUGUAUUCUUCCCACCAUUAGAAUGGAAGAAGUACCUGCUAAUUUCUAAUGAUUUCAGCAGCAGUAAGUGUGCAAUGAACAAAAAGAUUGGAGGGUUUGUCGCUUCAGUGUCUCUAAACCUCUUCAGAUGUGAGAACCUAUUACUUCUCCCUUCCCACAAACUUGCUAAUAGAAAAAUGGGUGUUCUUUAGAGUGUGUGUAACUUUGUGGGGGCUGGUCUGCCAUGGCUGGUAAACUGAGUCAAUAAGAGAUGUUAAUUACAAGUUGCUAUCCCAUAAUGGGUUGGCCACAAAUUCAUAUAUUCAUCUAUAAAAUCCAGAUCUACAGGCAAUGAUUUGCAUGCUUCCAAUUGACGUGCAACCUCGCAUUGCAGUGACCUGAAAGUGCCUGGGGAAAGGGGGCAGGCAGGAACGGAACCCCUGUGUAAACCAGUUGUUGCCUGUAUUUGAUAAACACUGUUAAUCCAGCAUAGAACAAGGUUGGGGAGCACUUGGCUGGUCUAAGACUCUUGAAGAGAGUCUUCUCUUCUCAGCUGUGCUCAGCAGAGUUUAGGUAGUUGAAGAAUGCAUCCUAGGCUUCCUUCUGAACCUGGAGACCUGACGCCCCAUUCUGCUUGCUCCUCCUCCUCCUUUUUGUGGCUUCCUUCAGUUUCAGUAAAUGCUUGUGCUUCAGUGCACUCCCCAUGAGCCCUGAAAACUCAAAAGUGCUGUUCAGUUAAAAGGAAAGCAGUUGCAGUCUGUCUAUUCCCCCAGCUGAUACAGUGGGUGGAGGGGCAAUUCAUACACAUCCUCAUCAAGCAGUAGGGUGAAGGGAAGAGCUGUCUUUUUGAAAGGCAGCUGGAGCCCAAGAAACUAAUGGUGUGAGGAAGGAAGGGAAGGGCAAAUCAGGGUUUGAAUAAAAGAAGGAAGGACACAAAAAGGUCUCUCAACAUGGAGGUUGAUUGGGUGCAUAUCAUGCUGCGGGGGAGGCAAACAUCUGUUUUGUGAAGGGAGCACAAUGUUGCUGUGAUCCUGCGGGUGCAGAUGUGAGGACGAAUUCUGUUGGAAUGGGUUAUCUAGGAACACAAUUCAGGUUAUUUACUCCACUGCAACUGUUCUUGUAUGCAUGCAAGUGUCAAGUUUUAUGUAAGAUUGAGCGUAACUUGACACUUUACGUUAUCCAGCAGUGGCAUUUUUUUCUUCCAAGUUGACAUUUACUCCCUGCUAUGAUGCCUCAUUCUUCAAGGCACCAUUGUUUCAAAGGCACUGAAAUCUUUGGGAUGUUGUUGUUACUAAAAUUAUUUUUUAUUAUUGACAACACCAACAACAUCUCAAAGAUUUCAGUAGUUGCUAUUACUAUUAUUAUUUAUUAUUGAGUGGUUUCUCUAAAAAAAAGGAGUGGCCAAAACAAAAUCAGAGUGGAAUUCAAACUCAAUGAACACCAGGCAGUAUAAACAGUUUUUAUAGCCUGCCUAAAACUAGGGAAUGAGUGCCACAAAUAGGAUGCACCAAUCUAGGCUCUCUUGAGGAUGGAACGUACAACAGGGUCCCUGAAAAUGAAAAUGGGCAUUGUAUUCUUUUCUGUUAUUUUCAUUUGCUUUUGCAAAAGGUGAGAGGGGUGGAGUAUCUGCACUUUUAGGUUUGCUGAACUAACAGGAUUUUAUCAGUUCUUUAAAAUUUGCAGUAUUUAGAACACCUGUGUGCAAGAAACAAAUAGUUGAUAAAAUUGAUUACACUAUGUCUUGGAGCCAGAUUACAUAUUGCUGUUGCCAGGGGAUUGGCAUCAUGUGGCAAGGUUUUCAUUUCCUGCGGCUAUUAGAUUCAGCUGUACUCACUGCAUCAAUCAGGGCCAUCAGGAGAAUUUCCCUGCUUCUGCUCCACGCAAUUGGUGGCCAUUGAAGGGGGAGGGGCAGGACAACUCACUACCUGAUUAUCUUGAUGCACAUAGUAAAUACUAUCAAAUGUUAUCUCUGCAGGGAGGCAAAGGUGCCAUAGGGUUGUUGAUCCCCACAGUGACUGUCCUAUAUAAUUCGGUUCUUUUUUCUUCUUCUUUUUUUUCUUCUUUUUUUUUUUAAUAAGUUUUUAUUGUUAAAAUAGUUCAUCAUUGAUACACAUAUACAAGCAUACAAACAUACAUUUCAUACAAUCCUUAAAAGUGUUCAAACAUACUUACACUCAAUCCCACAAAUAAUUCCUUUCCCCAUCACCAUCCACCACCCCUCACCCCACCUUUGUGUUUGACUUCCAAUCUACUCAAUUACAAUUUCUUUCCACUUCUAUUACUUUCUUUCAUACACCUUUAGCCUAAUUUCAUACUUCUUUUUCUAUUACACAUUGUUAUCCAUCUUAUUUGAUAUUUCAGUAUUUGAAACGGAACUUGUUUAUUCUAAUAGGAGUUCUGAUUUUUUGAUAUGAUUUUGCAAGUAUCUUUUAAACACCUUCCAGUCCCUAUCUAUCUUUUCUUUUGAAAUCCUUCCAAUUUCUUCCAUUGUUUUGGAUAUAUUGUACUACUCCAAAAAUUUGGCAAGCCACUCUGUUUUUGUCGGUAUUAUACCACUUUUCCAGUUUUUCGCAAUCAAUAGCCUUGCUGCUACUGUUGCGUAUAAAUAUAAGGUCUUAUCUUCUUCCUUUAGGCUUCCUGGUACUAUUCUCAAUAGAAAACCUUCUGGUGUUUUCCUAAAUGAGUAUCUAAACAUUUUUUUCAUUUCAUUAUAUAUUAUUUCCCAAAAUUGUUUGAUGUUUAAACAAUUCCACCAUAUAUGUAUCAUAGUACCUUUUCCCGUGUUGCAUCGCCAGCAGACAUCGCUACUCGGUUCUUAACUUCCAUGUAAUGUGAUUAACUUCAAGUUACUUUGACGUGGCAGUUUGUGAUUUUUGUUUAUGUGUGGACUGAUAAGGUGUUUACAAAAUAAAAGUUUUGUGCACAUCACAGGGCUUAGCUUUGCAAAAAAGUUUCGACACACAAAGGCUGGAAUCUUGUCAAUUCUGUUCUGCUUAGGCCUUAGGGAAUAGACAUACAGUGGUACCUCAGAAGUUGAAUGGAAUCUGUUCCGGAAGUCCAUUCGACUUCCAACACGUUUGAAAACCAAAGCACGGCUUCUGAUUGGCUGCAGGAAGCUCAUGCAGCCAACCGGAAGCCACAGAAGCCACAUUGGACAUUCGGGUUCCAAAGAACAUUUGCAAACCAGAACACUUACUUCUGGGUUUGCGGCAUUCGGGAGCCAAAGCGUUUGACUCACAAGGCAUUUGUGAACCAAGGUAUGACUGUAUUGAUUUCAGCAAAACGAAAGAAUGAGACUACUGCAGACUAAGCCGUCUGCAGGUGGUAAAGGAAGGCUGAUUGCAUAAAGUUUUUAAAAAUUAAUAAACAAAUUAAAACCAAUGUGGUAGACGAGAUGCUUAAAAGUGCAUUUUUCUUUGAUGUGGUGAUGUCUAUGGUUACUAUGCCUGCAAAGCACGGAAAGUUUUCACAGCAUCACUACAAAAUUUGCCACGUCUAUUCACUUUUUGCUCCUUGCAACAGCAGCUAGUAAAGACAGCUGAGCAGAAAGCCUUUAGCAUUAGGUUUUUGGUACUUCAGGGCAUUUUGAACCUAAGCACCUGACAUUCAUCAUGCCAAUUGGCAUAAGUACCUGAUGCGGUCAGAAAGUUUUCAGGUUCAGCUUUUCCCAUGGAGAGUUGCUGUUAUUCAGUUGAUCAGUGUCUUACAUCUAAUGUUACCAUGUUUAUAGUCAGUCUUGAGAGCCUUAAAUCUGGAUAACAUUUUGAUCUUUAGUAGCAUAGCUGGGAGCUUAACAAAACAUUGCAGUGUGGAGUAUUCCUAUUCAGGAUUCCAGCCAGCCAUGUCUCUCCCAAUGGUCUCCAUUCUGCCUGUUCCCCAAUUUUCUGCCCCUCGCCAGACAUUCAUUGUUUUGUGGCCAUUGAGCAAGCUCUGUCCUUGUUGGGCUGUUUUGGGUGGUUUUCCAUUCCCUUCCUCCCCUGCCCCCUAAAUAUUUUUUAUUAUAUGUCCACAAAUCUUGGGGCUUCCACAAGCCUUUUGAUACUUCCCUCUUGUGUGUGGAUGGUGGUUCUUUUUGGCAACAUAAGGACGGGUCCUGAGAGUUCACUAUUCUUAUGUACAAUGUGACUUGGAAAAGGGGUUUACACAUACAACAGAAUGGAUUGUACACAGACUAUAGUGAGGUGAGGUUUCUUUUUUGAAGGUUUUUCUAUGUGUAAAAAGACCCUCAAAUACAGCCGUCUACAAUUAGAAAACUAUAGAGGCCAGUGAGAUCCUUUCUCUCUACUGUGUUAGUCCCCCCCCCCCCGGUGAGGUGGGGGCAUUUACAAAUGGUAACCUCACUUGCCAUCUGAUGUGCUAUAUUAUAGUCCACUUUACCACUUAAUUCUGCUGCCUGUUACCUUCUGGAUUGGUAGAUUUCUUUGCUUUGCUUUUUUCGUUUAUAGAUCUGAGAUUGGACAGAAUGUUCUCAGGCCCUUAUGGGAACUGUUAGCUGCCUCCUUUGGGGCUCUUAUAUACCUAUGGCAAACUUUUAUUAUCAUUACUUUAAAAAAACCCCAAGUUAAAAAUAAAAAAAUCCUGGUAAAAAGCAUUCUUUUCUCCACCUUUCCCCCCCAAAUACCAGCAAAACAAAGUUAGAUGUGAUAGUAAAAGACUGAGUACUGGUGAUUUUCCUUAUCUCUGACCGAAGUGGAAUUAGCUGAGGCCAUGAAAGGCUUUGGCAUGUCUUAAGUUCUCCGAGGGAAGGUUCUUGCCAAAGCAGGAAGUCUGUGGAGAAGUAAGAUGCCCCAUUGGUUCUCAGUGCUGCUAAUUAUCUGAACAAAGGUGGUCCUUCCCCCCCCCGCCCCGUUUGUGGGCCCACUCCAUACAUGCAGCCACGUGAGUUAUUAGUGAGUGGGGCGGGGAACCUAUGAGGUCCGGGUGGUUUUUAAAAAACUCUAUAGGAACCCUUUUUUCAGUGCAGAGUUGUGCUGGCUGAGUAAACCCUUUGGGGAGCCACUUGCUCAAGCAUCUUCCAACUAGGAUUAGGUGGUGCUAGAGGCCAGCCACCUGGGUCACUGCAGCAGACCUGAAAUGGUGAGAGGGAAAGUCUAGGCUAGGAAGAGAUUGCAUGUCUGCAGGUAACUGUCUGUACUUCCCUUCCUUACAGCAAGAGUAGUUGGGCUACUGUGAAUUUAUAUGAGUGGAGUCUUUUGUGGUGUGCAUAUGGAACUGCCACACUCAGGCAGAGUCUCAUUCAAGCAAGCAAAAUGCUGGGGAGGUAGAAGCAUCUGCCUGCUCAAGUGCAGCCUAGAACAUGCCUAAUAUAGUGGAAGAAAGGCUGUAACACUUGCCGGCAGUUUGAGUCAAGUUUCGGCAAUGCCCAACUCCUAGGUCUGGUUGCUAAGUUUAAAUGGUCUGAAUAAAAGCUGUGGCUCUCACAGGAUUGGUCAAAGUGUUAAUUUCUGUUUUCUAGAUUCAUCCUUAAUAAUCAGCUAAUUAUUUUCAUUCUCAUAAGUGCGCUCUGAAUGUUUUUUCUGGUGCAGUGGUGCAAAACAAAUUACAGCAAUGUUCAUUGUGCUGCCUGCAGACAGAUUGGUGCAAAUUUAUUUCAUUUUAAAUAAUUUUUAUCCAUGCAUCGACAUGUACUGAAGCAGACUUAGAAUUGAGGCACAGAGAGAAAGUUUCCUAAAACCAAUGAUUCAUCUGACCUCCAGGAUAUUUCCACUGCAUUUGAAAAUGCGUAGCAAUUCUCUACCGGUGAAUUGCAUAAUUUUGGGGGGGGGGGUGUGGUAGAGGGCCAAACGGUGCCAGGUACAUCCAACCUGAAAAUGCGAAAACCGAAAUGAGAGGCAAGCCUCUGUAUUCUUUUUUCCAGGGAGUUUAAAAAUCAGGAGGAACGGGGAGAGCCAUAGCAAAAACUGCUUUGUUGCCAAGAAGACUUGUAAACGUUGCUAUGGAGAGCUUCUUUCCCACAAAUGUGAUAAAUUAUGGGAUGUUUUCAGCAGAGGAAUGAUUUAAGCAGCCUGGUAUAUGGAUCCAUUUGAAAUGGGCAUGGCGGCUUAAUAGUGCUAAAAGGAAGUGUCAUUCGUUCUUUGAGAAAUACUAUAAUUUUUAGGCAUCCUGACCCUUUUUAAGGCUUUAGCUGCUGCAGCGUGACCACUGUUGUGCACCAAAGAAACCUAAAGUGGGACAACUAGUGGAACAAUGAAUCUUCCCCGCAGGCCAUGGAGCAAAAGCAGUGAGAUCCAUAACCCUUUUCCUAUUUGUUUUGGAAAGCAGAGUGCUGAAGUAUAGGAUGAUUCCUAAACUACCUGUCUGCUGCAAGAAAUAAAUUAACCAAUUAAAAAGCUCUUGCAAGUACCAAGUACUCAUUUGCAGAGGAAGCUCUGGCUGGGUCUCUGCAUGAUUCACUGCUGUGGACUUGCCUCCUUCCAAUCAGCCUCUGCUGAUUGGCAAGUGAUCCUCUUGCAUCUCUGCUUCAGAUGUCAUUGGAUCUUUCAAUCAUUCCUCAUGCAGAAAUUCAGCAGCAUUACUCAAGCUCAAGAGGAGGCUACCAAUUGCCUCUUUGCAAGAGUUGCUGCUCUAAGCUGGCCCUUCUGGUCAAGAAGCACCCCUGACUUCAUGACCCUGUUGAGACAAAGGCAUAGUUUCCAGUGAGGGGGAUAAUUGUUACUCCUGCCUUCAACCUCUAAAGAAGCAAACAUUUUUCAGGUGUAAGGGUGAUGUAUAUCAACUUUAAUUCAGGAGAUAAGUGUUGUUCAACUACCAGAAUGUAAGAAAACAUUGGAGUAGAUGAUUUUAAAAUGCACUUGUUGUUUAAAAUGAAUUUAUGAACAGUGGGUAUAAUGUACGACAAGCAGAAGAGAAAUGCUUAUAUCUGUCAGGCUGUUAGGAAUUAUAUUGAGAAUGAAUCCGUAGCAUGUUGGAGAUAUCUGGAUUCCUCAAACCAAACUUCUUUAUUUUUAACCCAAGAAUUUAGGAGAUUUGGGUGAGUGGGUGGGAACUAAAUUAUGAUCUUUACAUUUGACAUUGUGCCUCUGAUAUUUUCCAUUUAUUCUACAAUAAGUUCAACCUGUCUAGGAAUAUUUUUCCAGGGCUGUCAUUCUCUUUCUGCUGCUUUAUAAGGUUCAUGAGGAAGAGACAUACACAGAAGUUGUUCAUUCUUUUGGGAGGAACAGACUAAUUCAGUGCUUCUCCAUUGCUCUGACAGAUACUUUUCAUUUAUCUCAUUUUGGGAAGAUCAAGGCCAUUUUGGGGAGAUUGCUCAGAAUGAACAAGACUGUUAAGCACAAUGAAAAUGCAAAGUGACAAACAUUUAUUUGUCUUGCAUGCUUGCCAGUGAUAAAAAAAGCCAAAUCCAUGAUUUGUUGUGGAGGAAGAAAUAAACAAAGGUGGAAACAUCCUGCAUGUGGCAGAAGUAUAGGAUAGCUGAUAGUUUGUAUUCCUUCAUGUAGGGCUUGGAAUAGGGAUGUAUUACUCUGUCAAUUUCGAUUCCUUAUUUUUCCAGUCUUAAAUUCUGUUUGGCCAAUUUCUGUUGUCAUUCAUGUGUGUUUUUUUAAUUUGCAAGAAAUAAGUUAUCUUACUAUACAUAUUUUUUGCAAGCACUUUUCCCAUAGGUAAUACAUUUUUAAUGUUAUUUUCACUAACGUAAGCAUUUUUCUUUGUGCUUUUCUCAAUACACAUUUUUGUAUGCAUAUUUUGGUUGGAGAGCUGCACUGUAAAAUUCAGAAAAGCAGGAAAUUUGAUGCGUAGUUGUGCUUUGGCUUUCAUAUGGAUUCAGGAAGUGAAAAUUACCGUAGUUUCAAACCAAACAAAUAUCUCUCCCCUUUCCCUAGACUUGGGUAAUAUAUUUAUUAUACCUAUUUGAUAGAUAAGACGUGACUUUCAGUGCAUACUCUGAUGUAAACCCAAUUGAGUUCAAUGGGGCUUACUUCUAGGUAAGUGUCUUGGGUUGCAGUUUGGGUCCCGUUUAUUUCCAGUGCAGGUAAGAGUGCAUGUGAAUGGUGUAUAGUCCUAGGGUAUUUACUCUGGUGUAAGUUUCCCUGAGAAGUAACUUCCAUUAAAUUCAGACCCAUAGGAAUGUAGUCUAAGUUGGGCUUAGCUGUGACUAACAUAGGCUGGCUUUUGCCAAUUGUGAUAUACUUUUGGAUGAGGACACUGGAUAAUUUUAGAGUCUGGGUGGUCUAAUAACAUUUCCUAAAGAAGUUCCCGGGGUCAGAACUAAACUGAAGAAAGGAAACGUGUCUGCUACCAUGUUUGAAGAAGAUAAAGGACUUCAUUUUUAUAAUGAAGUGAACUUGCUUGUUUCCUGUUCGCAUAUACUUAAAAGGUAAAGGUAAAGGUACCCCUGACCAUUAGGUCCAGUCGUGAACGACUCUGAGGUUGCAGUGCUCAUCUCGUUCUAUAAGCCGAGGGAGCCGGCGUUUGUCCGCAGACAGCUUCCGGGUCAUGUGGCUGGCAUGACUAAGCUGCUUCUGGCGAAACAAGAGCAGUGCACGGAAACACUGUUUAUCAUCCUGCUGGAGUGGUACCUAUUUAUCUACUUGCACUUUGACAUGCUUUCGAACUGCUAGGUGGGCAGGAGCUGGGACCGAACAACGGGAGCUCACCCUGUCGUGGGGAUUCAAACCGCCGACCUUCUGAUUGGCAAGCUCUAGGCUCUGUGGUUUAGACCACAGCGCCACCCACGUCCCUUCACGUAUACUUAAGGCAAAGUUAAAAAUUAUUUGUUGCUCCAAGUAUGAUAAGUGUACUCUGGGCAACAAACAGUCCUUGAAGUAGACUAUUUUCAUUCUUGCUGUGGAAUGCAAGGUCGUAUUUUAGUUUCUGUGUUAUCAUGGUUGGACUGAAGCUGGAAGAUGCAUGCAAUUUUGUGGUGGUAGAUUUGGAAUGCAAGAAAGACCUGAAAUGGCCUUAUCCUGAGGAGUUGUAAGGAAAGCUUGCAUAAAACACACACAUGCAGCAGAUGGUUACUUGACUUCACCAUCUCUGCAAAUUCAGGGUCUCCUUUUUGCCUGAUUUUUAGAUGUAGGGAAUUCCCAGAUUGUUAAAGGAGGGAAAUGACCUUGUUGUAGGCUGAUAUUCCUGUGUGCUUGCUUAUCUGUAAGAAGAACUGUCUUUGAUUUAAAGCUCCUUCCCUCCCCAAACAGAUUCUCAGUAGGUAGCAAACUGGUACGGAAUGCUAAUAAAAAAGUUUAGUGAAGUCAUCUUCUAUCAGGCUCUUGUGGUAGAGCAGAAACUUUCCCCCUAUAUUUGACUUCUUAGUUGCUGGACUUAUCAGUCAGUUGGGUUUUGUUUUGUUUUUAGCCCUGUUUCAAUUUCACAUAGAGACUGGUUUGUUGACCAAAUCCCUGUGUGCAUUCCUGCCCCCCCCCCCCGGGCCCUUCUGUUACUGCUGAUUCUGAACUGCAAGUGUAGCACACAUGUGGGCAUAAUGUGCUUUUUAAAAAUCCACUGUUGAUAGAAUGGGGGUUAGGGGUUGGUCCAAACACCUGAACUUGUUUUAGAAACUGGACUUAGGCUGAUUCACAUCUCUAACCCAAAUCCUAAGUGAGAAGGUGGUGGCAUCAGAGGAAAUGGUAGAGAACCUAUUCAGCAGAUUUUUGUUAUGGUUCAGGUCAAAAACAGGUUAACAGCCUGGAGUGUAAUCCAUCUGAGGUCCACUGGAGCUCUUGUUAUUCAAGGCCCAUUGGAACUAAUGAUGGUUAUAUGGGAGCUGUGCUUGAUGGUUGUAUGCCUUAAUGUUUCGUUUAAAUGGUUGGUCUAUUGGUUUAAGCUUGGUUUGCAAAAUUCUUAUGUAACUAUGAAUUAAUACUCCAGAACUAAGGCCCGGGGGCCGGAUCCGGCCCAAUCGCCUUCUAAAUCCAGCCCAUGGACGGUCCAGGAAUCAGUGUGUUUUUACCUGAGUAGAAUGUGUCCUUUUAUUUAAAAUGCAUCUCUGGGUUAUUUGUGGGGCAUAGGAAUUCGUUCACCCCGCCCCCAAAUAUAGUCCGGCCCCCCCACAAGGUCUGAGGGACAGUGGACCCAGCCUCCUGCUGAAAAAGUUUGCUGACCCCUGCUCUAGAGUCAUAUUUCAGGUUUACUUAUAAUCUUCAAAACAAGGACUUUUCUCUGGGCUAGCAACAUCCCAAUCCUCUAAAUAUUUGCAAGAAGCUUGCUAGUAUUCACUAAUGAAGCUUUAUACAAAAUUAGAGCGAAUGCUUUCUUCCAGCAUCCAGUCAAUAGAGCAUCAAAUAAUAAAGACUAUGAAACACCACCAGUCAAGUCUUUAUACCAGAGGAAAAAUAAGUUGUAGUAUUUUCCUUCUUUCCAAGUUUGCAAAUCCAAACGUUUUGUAGAUUUGAUCCAGUGUUGUGUGCCUUGCUAGAUGCAAACAAAUUUCUAUACCUCAUUUUCUUCAUUAUCUGUAAGAGAUAAUAUAUUUCAGCAAAAUCACACAUGCUAAAAUAGGAAGUCUCAUGUGUGUCAUAUUGAGAUAUACACCCCCUUUAAAAAAAAAAAAUCACACUAAGACUCGCCUAGAACUCUGUUAAGGGAAACACCUGUUUAGAUUGCUGGUCAUCAUGAGUUCAUCAAAGCUAAUGUUUGGAGCAUGAUGUUGUUCUCUUCACCCUAUAAUCUCAAUACAUGUUGAACCCGUCCUAUAAACCAGUCCCAGGCAAAACUUGUUUCAAUGUAACUAAAAAUAUUAUGAUAGGAGGGUAACCUAGUCCUAUUAAUCUGCUGUCGGUUUUAUCUGCAUGUAAAUCUAACUCAUAAUAAUGGCAACAACACUAAAUAUUGUGUAGAUUCUUGUGCUUUGACAUCAUCAAGUUUCAAUGUAAACGAGCUGCUCCUGUAAAUUGGCUCAGUUUAACCCUCACUGUUUUAUAAUCUUCCUUUGCUGGGUUUCAAAACUCAUUUCAGUCUGCUUUUUGAAGUAGCAGGUGUCAGGCAAACUUUUAAGAAGGGGGCUGAUGGAAGGAGAAGAUAAGGCAGGCAGCAAAAUGGAAGAGGAGGAAGUUAAGCGGGUGAUAAGAUUGAUGGGAUAAAUUAGAGGAGGAAUGUGCGGGAGGGUGGGAACAAAGGAGACCAGAGGCAGAUACAUGAGAAGAGGGCUCCGGCUGCAUCCUUUAAAAAAUCCUUAUCUACAGAGAAAGAUAAUGUGGGAAGGGCAAAGAAGCUUUAACAGGAUUGCACAGGGGGGAAAAAAAGUUUUUAAAAUUUAAAAAUUCAAGGUUCAAGGCGUGGGAUCCUUCUUACGCAUUGUUGAUAUACAACUUUGAUUUUUUUAGGUCUAGUUCAGAAAUGUUUGUCUGUUGGUUGAAGACUGUGGUUUUUGUUAUAUUGUAUAUAUCCUUGACUAAGGUUAAGCAUAACCUUGAGGAUACAAAAUGUCAGCCAGGUUUUCAAGGCCUGCUGCACAAAAGGAGGAAAGUUGUAGACUUUUUGAAGACGAGUGGCAUUGCAAUAUGUUAACUGCACUACUAAAUCCCCGAAUACGUGGAUACUGGUGGUGUCAUAGGUCAGAGAGGGCCACCUUCAGCGUCAGCCUAAUUUCAUGCAGGUUGCAGGGGCAGGAAGCAGAGAGAGUGAGCAAAUCAGAUUGGCCCUUCUCACUUUUCACUCUGGCCCUCAGUAUGUGGCCCCUGAUUAAUUACUCUCCAGGGAACGUGACUCUCAACAGAAAAGGGUUUCCCAUCCCUGCAAUAAGUGUUUCCAGCAGUUCAGGUUAUGGUGUAUCGUCACACGUCUUUCAUUCCCUGGGUUUGCAAAUUUGACUUGGAGCCGCUAGAAUUAAUUCAUGACAACUGGUUAUUUUGCAUCAUGAGAAAAAUAAUAUUUUGCAUCAUACCUACUUUUCCUAGUGAAAUACCAGCAAUAUUAGUGUAUGUCUAGUUUUCCUGUUGGUCCUUGAUGUAAUAAUAUUCAUCCUUACCAAAAUCCAUAGUUGUGUCUAAACUUUUUCAUCUACUUUGUAAAUUCUCUUUACAAGCACGUACUUGGUGCUACAAUUGCUCUGAAGAGAUGGAAGCAAUUGCGCGAGAUGCUCGUUGAGUUAGUGAUGUGGUAACCCUUUUUGUUUUUUGUUUUGUUUUUAAAUGAAGGUGAUUUUCAUAAUACAGAGAGCACCCAGGACCACGGUUUUGAAGUUCCUGAGGAGAAAGGUCCUCCAGCAGACAGUUGUGUGGAGAGACUUACUGUAUAUGAAAAGGCCAGCGACCAGUCCGCAGAAGAUGUCAACCAGGUCCUGUGCCCCCACCAGGACAGGAAGCGUAAACAUUCUGGUGAGAAAAUGCAGAACGAUGGAAGCCUGAAAGAAAACUUUGUAGAGGAGCAGGAAGAUGAAUUUGCAUCAAAAGCAAAAAAGAGGAAGAACUCCAAAGGUAACCCGGCCAAGUUGGUCACUCUUUAAGGCAUGGCUUGUGAAGUGAACACUCUUUGGAUUAACCUAUGUCCAUUUAUGACCUGUGUUGUGCCAAUCCCAAAUCCUCGCCUGAAUUAUGUUUGGGUACCUACAAGGUACAAGAAUAGUCAUUGGACAACGUAAUCUUUGGCCAAUGCAAAUUGCUGUAGUGCAUGCAAACCCCUCCUGAGCUAAUCUUUUAAAAAUGCAUAGUGUGGUGGUGAAGCUGAAACAAUCUGCCCCACAAGUGAACUAUAGCUUUUGUUUCAAGUUGAGGGCCUUUUGAUUAAUUUUUAGUUAUUUUUCCAUUAGAUGACUGGCCUGAGAGGGAAAUGACAAACAAUUCCUCUAACCACUUAGAAGAGCCCAAUUGUAAUGAGGUGACCAACCUGAAGGUGUGCAUUGAAUUAACAGGGCUCCAUCCCAAAAAGCAGCGUCACCUGCAGCAUCUUAGGGAACUGUGGGAGCAGCAGGUGUCACCAGAGAGAUCCCCACCCGGCAAGUUGGGCCGGCAAAGCAGGAAAGAUUUAGCUGAGGCUGUUCAGCCAGAGGCCACUGCAAAGGUCAAAGACUGCACAGAAGAAAGGCACACCAAGAAAAGGUCAGAGGUCAAAAGCAAUAGAAGUUGGUCUGAAGAGUCCCUCAAAACAAGUGACAAUGAACAAGGUAUGCAGAGAUUACUAGGGAAAUCUAGCAUUACUUAGUGACGCAUGCUGCCACCAGUGCUAAGAAGCUGUCAGUAGUUUUUUGGGUAGAAGUUUUAUAUUAUAUUAUAUAUAAUAUAAAAUUUUACUAUGACCAUAUAAAGGACUUAAAGUGCCACUAUUAAACCACUUAUGCUUGUUUUGCCAAAUCUGUAGUGUGUGGUGCUAAUUGUGUUUUAAUGCCACAUCCUAGAUGUGUGUGCUGUCUGUGUCGUGUGAUUCCCUCCCCGCUUCAAAUUGGGGGGGGGGAGGCGGGAAAGAGAAUACCAAAAACCUAAAAUAUUUUUGUCUGUAGGUUCUUUUUGGUCAUUUUUGCUUUUUGAUAUUCUUAACAGUUUUUGACUUCAUAACAGUCCCCCCCCCUUCAACUUUACCAGUCAGGAAUGAUUUUGAUUUCAUAACAAUUUUUGACACGUAUGAAUGAGUGUAGAUUAAGGAAGAUAGUAUGAAGAGUACUGCGUCUUUUAACCACUUGUGGGAAUUCACUGCUCCAUUAGGUUUGAACUUCUGAGUUAAUUUUUCCCUGCUCUGGAAAGCUGGAGGGAAGAAAGAGGCCUCCUUGUGUUCCAUUCUCUUUAUGCCAGGAAAGGUGCACAGGUGUCUUUCCCCAAAUCUUUUCUGCUUUGUGGUUAAAUGCAGACUAGCUGAGUUCUUCUACCUAGCCUGCUUUACCACUUCUUUCUUCUCUUUCCUAAUUAGUCGUCGUCACUUUUGUAUAUACUGCAUCUUCUACACAUAGAUUGUACUGAAAACCAGUUCACAGGAAAUAAAAUGACAAUUUAAAUAUAACGACAAGCAACGUAGCUGUCAUACACAAUAAAAAUCUAUAGAAACCCACUAUAACAUUGAAAUAUAAGAUUUCAUCUCCAACUGGGAGCAGGUCUUUGAGAAAGAGCUUCUGAAGGUCAAAUUAUAUGUUAUGUUAAAUUCUUGUUUAACCCUUUCUCCUUGCACUGUUGUUCUGACUAAUAUCACUCCUCAGAGCUGCUAUAGGUACCAACAGCAGGUUCCCUGUAAGAGCAAAUAGCAGCUGGAGAAGGGAGGGAUUUUAAUCAGGACCGUGGUGCAGGGGGAAAGGGUCAAUGCCCUUCCCAUGUGCUGUACUCCAGAUCACAGCUGCUGUGUCUUAAAAUAAAAACAAAACCUGAAACAUAUUAAAUCAAAUCAUGCAUUUAAUGUAACACAUAGUUUGGCCUCUACCAUUUCAGACCGUGAUAGGCAGAGUUUUGGUUUUUUGUUUUUAUAUGGGAGAAAAUUCUGUUAUUGAGAGCAGAGAUCUGAAUCGUUGAACGUUCUCCCAUACAAAAAGACUCCCUGCGCCCGGAAAGCAAUCAUAUGGAAAAUGAGCCUUCUUUGCAACAUGCUAGUUUUCCAGGUAUGGGGAUAUUUAUUUAUUUUUGGAACAGAGGAACAUUGAAGUGCAAGCCCCUACUUCCUGCCUGAAAAGUCCAGCCACAAGUUUCACCCUGGUGAAAACUAGGCCUAAGUCUACAACAGCUAGAGGAUUCACCACUUUCUUACAUGUUUUUUAAAAAGUUUUUUUAAGACAAGAGAGAGAAUCCUUCAUUAGAUAGACAGAUCAGACUCAUGAGUCAAGCCCUUGGUUUCUAUUCCAUUCAGACAUUGCUUGAUCUUACAGAAACAGAAUUUAAGAAACCUUGAUCUGAUGCACUGUGAAUUCAGAUACAGUCAUACCUUGAGUUGAAUGCACUUCGUGUUACUUCCGGGUUUUGCCGCUCGCGCAUGCACAGACGCUCAAAAUGACAUCACGCGCAUGCGCGGUAGCAGCAAAACGCAACACGCGCAGAUGCGCCGUCACGUCUUUUGUGUUCCAUUCAGGAUGCGAACGGGGCUCCGGAACGGAUCCCGUUCGCAUCCCGGGGUACCACUGUAUUGUUCUUACUCUAAAACCACAGCUAGUCAUUCAUUUUUAUUCAUUUCAGUUGUUCUGUUGGUCCCUUUGGGGUUCUGAAGAAGUUUAGUUCUGAUUCCUCUUACCUGAAAAUUGUCAUGUAAACAAACUCAUCAUGAACCUCUUUGCUUUCUUUACAUUUCCUUCAUGUCUUAGGGAAUCCUUUUCUCUCUUCAGGCAUGGUCAGUAGAAUGUUACAAAAGUGGAAUGAACAUUGAAGCUAUGAGAAAUGCAUUGUUGGUAUUUUAGAGAAGCUGAAAAGGUCACUUAGGGUCAAUAUAUCCUGUUUCUGUACACGACAUCCUUGCAAAAGGCAACUCUUGAAAGUUAGGUCCUUGCAAUGCAGCAAACAGGAGAGACAGCUGCUUAAUGGUUAAGAGCCAUAGAACACUGAGAAAUUGCUGUUUGGAUCUAUGAAUCCCUUUUCAGAAUGCUGCAAGAAACAGACCCAAUGCUUUCCUCAUUUUUGGUGCACAAAGGGAGACUUUUUCAAAGGCAGAAAUGGGAAUUGGGCACUCAACCAGCGUUUCUGAUUAUGGAAACCGUUUCUGUGUCCUUUGAAUUUUACACUCCACUCUGCUCUACAAAAAGCAAAAAUGGGUUUCCUGAGGUGGAAAGGUUUCAGCAGUUCUAUACCUGAAAGAGCAGUAUAUUCCCACUUUGCUAGCAUGUCAUUACAGGUAAGGAAGCCUCUUCUCUCAUCUGCAUCCGUAUAAACAAGUACACUGAGAAGGAGGCCUGAUUCAUAUCUACUUUGCCACGAUGCUUAGAUGGUGCAGUGCUAGACUGUGUGGUUGUUUACUGUGCUUAGAUCUCGGAACAGCAAACUUUGUUUAGCAGAUGUACCCACCCAUUACAAUUACUUUUUAUCGCUUAUAGUCCAAAUGUGGAAUUGCUUAAUGCAAAUGUAAAAGUUUUAAAAUAAUGUGUCAUGUGUUAGGUGUGUGUGUGUGUUCUCUUUCCUUUCAACACACUAUGCAAUGUAUGAUGCCUUUCCUCCCCAUUUAGGUAUCCCUCCAUUCCCAGCAUCUCCGCACAUGAAGACCCUUUCAUCUACCAAUAUAAACAGCAAAAGGCAAGCCCAGCCAAGCUGUACUCCAGUUUCAAGGUUGGCUGCCAAGCAGCAGAAAAUUAAAGAAAACUGGAAGACAGAUGUGCUGUGCACAGACGAGGAAGAAGAUUUUCAAGCUGCAUCCCUGCUGCAGAAACAUGGCGACUGUGAGAAGCCACCAGGGAAACGUCAGUGUAAAACAAAACAUUUGGCACUGCAGGAAAGGAGAAGGAGGUCAUCCCUGACAGGAGAUGAUGUCACUGAUCUCGAAAGUGCUGAGGAGAAGGUAUCUUUAUUCCAACCCAGUUGUCCCACUAAUAUUUCAGGUUUGGCUAAUAUCAGCCACUUUAAACGCUUAGCUUGUUGUCUUAUGUAGUGGCCCUUCCAAGCCCUUUCUGUUUACUUUAAAACACAUUGUAUUGUUCUGCAGUGCUCAAUCCACUUUACUCCAGGACAAAUCUGUGAGGGCUCCUCAGAUUCUUUCAGGAUUUUGAUCUUAAAACUUUUAGAUGGUAUAAAUCUAGAAGCCGACACUACUACACUUUUAAAAAGAGAGAGAAAGGAAAAUGGAUUUUCAAUGAAUUAUUAAGGAUGGAUGGGUGGGGUGUGGAAUCCAGUAAUGAUUUUGACAGGUCAUAGUUAAUGAGGAGAAUCUGGAAGCGACCAGAGGCUCCUUCAGACUGUGACUCUUCACCAGUCAAAUCACAUGAGCAGGCAUUGUACAAUCGCCUGCAGCAGCAGAGUCCCUCAUUAUUGCCUGUCUCUUCAGCCCUCACAGCUGCAGAUUGCAAGUGCCCCUCAGGAGACUCCCCCAAGUCGUCCCAUGCCGCCAGAAGCCCGAAGGCUUAUUGUCAAUAAGAAUGCUGGAGAAACUCUUCUGCAAAGGGCAGCCCGACUGGGAUACGAGGCAAGCAUUGUUUCUGAAGUUCACUACUCUGAAUUACAAUGUGGAAGAUGCUUGGUGUCACACAUAAUUCUAACUGUGCACGUGGUUGGAGUCUCUCUUUGUGUUCCUUCUCAACAUGUCGAAAUAUCUCCAGGCUCUCUGUUCUGUUUCUUUAUUCAAGCGUGCAAUUAGUAUAUUUUGUGAGCAGGGCUAGGAAAGAAACAAUAUAAACCCCUGUAAGUUAAUAACCUUGAGCCUGAAUAGGUGCCAGUCAUUUUCAAUAAGAAGUCAGUUCUUGAUGUGCUUUGCAGGAUGGGGAUCGUGAGUAAGUAGUGGGGGAUGGGGAUAGAUACCCCGAUACACAGCCAAAGUGAACAUAUAUGCUACAUUUCAGGAAGGUUAAUUUCCGGCACAGCUUUGGCAGUGUGAGAGUGUGGACACGCUUCAUUUCAGGGCUGCUUUUGAACUUCGCAUUUUAAUGUUAUGAAUAUAUAUUUUGUGGUGCAUUCCCAUAUUUGAAAAACAAACUGGCAUUUAGAGCUGGUAAAUCACUGGGACUUACAGACUUCAGGUGAAAAUAGUCAUAUGUACAAAUAGUUUGGAGAUCAGACUUAUUAGCAAAGCAGCUCUAUAGGUGCCUAUGUCUUUGGGUUUAUUUUCCUUUCUACAUUUUUAGACAUUGCUUGUAAGAAUGCUGCCAUCCUUAAAAUGCUAUAUAUAUAGAGAGAAAGAGGGCGGGGGAUGGGUCCUGACGAAUCCUUCUGUUAAUUUUGUUUUAUGGAAAGGUUUUGUUUACUUCUACCUGUAGCAAUAAAAUGUGAGGUCUUCAAAAGCAGGGGUGUGGACUGGGGAACUGGUGCCCUCCAUAUGUUGCUGGACUCCAGCUCCCAUAAACCGCAGGGAUGAUGGGAAUGACUUGCUUCCAGUGGUGGUUAUAGAGCUUAGUCAAGCACAAGUCAAUCAGAACUUUACCUGUUCUGAUCCUUAAUCAAGAAGCAGUCAAUUUGCUGUACCCCUUUUCCUUGAUGAAAAAGAGAAGAGAAUCAGUUCAGUAUGUUGAAGCCUGUGUUGAGGGGCUAGAUAGCAAUGUGGCAACUGAAAUACGGGUAGUGGUGAUAUAUUUAACUUCUUGUGUGGUAGGGCAAUGGGGCAUCUUGUAUAUGGGAAAAGUCCAGUGAUUAAAGUCACAACAGACAAUUUCAUUCUCCACCGCAUCAUGGAGCACUUUCUAGUCUUGUUGUGUUGGAUGAGUUUCAGUUAGCAAGACUUAUGGACAUGGACAAGGUGCUUGACUUGGUUUGGGCAACUACUUCUGCUCUUCUCCCUUGAUGCUCAUGGUUUUUUAAAACAGCAGGGUUGACCACAUCAGAGAGGUGAUUAAAGCCUCCUUGCAAGAGGGGGUGGGCCCCCCACCUGUCAAAAGGAGAUAGUGUUAAGACCACUCCUUAAGAAACACUCUGUGGAUUCAGAAAAUCUAAAUAGAAAUUGGUCAGUCACUAAUGUUUCCUUCUUGGGCAAGGUUCUUGCGGGGUUGCAGGACAGAUCUUGGGUAUCCUGGGUGAAACCAAUCUUUUAGUUCCAUUUCAGUUGGGAUGUAGGCUUGCUUUGGGUGACCCUGUUAGGAGAGAGACAGAAGAGUGUGUUCCUGUUGCCGCUAAUUUAUUUCUCAAGGGCUUUUGGCACCAUUGGUCAUUCUAUGCUUCUGGAAUGACUGGCUGAGCUGGGGUUAGGUAGCACCACUACCAAUCUGACUUGGAUGGUUGUUUUCAGAGGGUGGCGUGUGCUGGUUUUGACCUAUGUGGCUUUGACCUAUGUGGCUCAGCACCCCAAUUCCUCAAGGGCCUCUUUUUCCCACGUGAAGCAACCCAGACCCUACUCUGUGUGACCUCCUGUGGGAGGUGUGGAGGGUGAAAACAGGAGAAGGAGCCUUUUCCAUGGUGGCCCCUCUCCCCUGUAAGUGGAGUGCUCUCUCCAGGGAGGCACACCAGUGCCUGUUUCUAGGUACCAGGCAGAGCCAUUCUUAUUCACCUAGGCCUUGGGAUCUUAAUUUUAGCAGGGUGUGGUGGAUCUGGAGCUGUUUUUAUGUAUGUUAGUUGUGUCUGCUGAGUGCCGAUGGGGUGUGUAGGAACAGAAUAGAAAAGGAAUGGUUGGCUGACUAGGAGCACUCCCAUGCUGCAGCAUUUUGUUGCAGGACCCACUUGUCUCUGUAGGAUCUAUAGGUGUUAGUAGUGGAGACAGUUCUGAACCUCUGUUCUUCAGCCACAUUGGGCUUCUGAGGAUGGACAUUGAGCACGAACAACAAGAGUUCAGCGCCACCUUAUUUAUAUAUGUAACAACAUUUUACAUGAGACGCCCUUGGAAACGUUCUGCUUUUAUAGCUACCACAUGCCACUGGGAAUCUUGCCUCUGACUUUGACGAGGUGUCCCAUAGCUUAAUUAAUUCAAACUGUAUUCCACGAGGCUUCAAGGAAAACAAAUAAGGACAGUGCUGAAGGCCCUUUCCAGAGUAAACAGCGGCAAAUACCAGAUUAAAACUCCUCCUGAAACAGCUGUACUGAAUGCACAGUUUGACGGGGAAAGGGAGAGGCAUUCCUAGGUGGUACUCUCUGUGUCUUGACUUGGAGAUAUCAGUUACAUGUCUCCUUUUCCUUCAUCAUGUCUGCUCAGGGCCAAACGAGAUGUGAUUGUUUCAGCUCAGUUUUGUGUAUUGAAACACUCUGUAGGAGGAGGAUUUUAAUAGCAAUGUGAGUGUAGUAGGUUGGGUGCCGACUCCACUAUGUACCUAUUGCUUACCUCUUCAUGGACCUUCUCUCCAGAAGCUUUUUGCUUGGUUGUGUUUCAGAGCUUGGCUGCGGGGCUGGGGCGGGCAAGAGAUGCGCCGUAAUGCCCAGAUCACCAACUUUCAUUAAGGAAAAAAAGAAAAAGAAAGUUUAUGGCACUUUUAGAACCCAAGCUGUGAAGCAAAAUGUGCAGCCCGAUUGUGGAAACUCUAGAGAAGAAACACCUUCGCUUGCUUUUCACUUUUCCACCUUUUAUUCUGGUCUUCCCUGGUGGAGAAGGGGUUGCUGCCCUAUAGAAAACAAUGCAUUUAUUCAGGAUUCGUGUGUAGCUGUGAUUGGGGAAUAAAGUGUUGUUGCACUUAUUUUGGAGGGAUUUUGUGUAGUGCACAUCAACCCUCAAAUGUUGUCCAGUGCUAUCCUGGUGUGUGCGGUUUAUUUUUUUAGAGAGAGAUGCAGCUGGCAGGGAUGUGAAAUUGAUUAUAGCAGCAGUGCCAUUCAUGAAGGGCUAGAGGUGUGUGAAAGGAGCAGGGAAAGAAUUGCAGGUUUCAGCAUUGAGUGGAAAGAUGUUGCCUAGAAGAAAAUCGGAUGUAUAAAUUGAAAAACAACAGAGAAAUAGACCUGGAGCCCAAUUUUCCCAGAGGCCAUAUCUACCCAGGUCUCUUUGCCACUACUCAGUCAACAGAUCUAGUUUGAUGCUAGCUAUGUUUUAUUUAUUUCUUUGGAGUAAUAAAUUAACACUCUCUCCCCCGCCUCCCGCCCAUCACCUUGCAGAUGUGUAGGCAGAAGUUAAUGGCAGAUAAGCCAUAGGUGAGGGAAAGUCUGUACUCAACACCUGUACAUUGCUUUAAAGUCAGGCAUGCACACUCUUUCCUCUCUCUGUGAUUUGGACAGUUUACGUGUUUACAACAUGCACAACUGUUGUCAGGACUAGAUUGGCCCUGCACUGGUGUGCAGCUGGCAACCUUUCAAAUGACCUCUCUCAUGUGACAGGCAUAAUCAGCUGAAAUGCUGUAGUCCGUAAGACAGCCAGAAAAGUGUCUCAGACCCACAAUACAACAAAGUUUUGAGAUUUGUUUGUUGACAAACUUGUUUUCUUCAUCUCUUAAAUAUAAAUUGACAGGGAAUAUAUUAUCUUGAGGGAUGUUAAAAUAACUUGUUUUUUUUGUGGUGGUUUUUGUAUGACCUUUCUAGUUUGUUGUUGUUUUUUUAAAAUAAAAUUUCUCACCCAAGUGUGUGCUCUCAACAUUUUCCCUCUGUUAUUGUACAGGAACAUGCUAGAAAAGUCAGUUAAUUUGGGAGCGGUGGUGAGGGGUGUGUGUGCAUUGUGGAUAGGGUUGUAGACAGGAAAUCCGAGGUUUUCUUCAUGGUUUCCCCAGAGGAAUGGGGUUUUGCUGGUAGAAUGCAUUGCAGGCCUCAGCCUAGGAAAGUCUGUUGGCUGCCAUGAUACUUUGGCUGCGAGGGAUAUUUGCUCAUAGGCGUUGCGUUUCCAAAUGCCCUUCUUAUCUGACUGCUUUAUAGAAGGACUCCCCCUGGAACAUUCCUCUUCUCUUCCCCCUCCCCAAUUGAAACACUUCCCAGAUGAAUUGUGCCCCUCCCUCCUGUUUUCUUUAAGUGAUAACCUCUGGUGUUAAAGAUAUCUCCAUAGCAACAAACAGUUUCUUUUCUCCACCCUUCCUGCCUUUCUCCAGGAAGUGGUUCUGCAUUGUUUGGAAAACAAGGUCUGUGAUGUAAAUCACUAUGACAGGGCUGGCUGUUGUGUUGUAAAGAGACUUUAGGCACAUUAUUCUUUCAGUGAUUUCCUUUGCUGGCUUGGACGGAGGAUGAUGCACAGAAUGCUCUGCGGAUCCGUACUCAUGGAACAUGGAUCUAGAGAGGCAGCCUGCCACACGUACUAAAGCAGCAAAUGAGACAUGCACACACCCCUCUCACACGCAGACACACACAUUAAAUAGGAUUCCCAUUUCUACUAGGCUAGAAUGCAUCACUUUCUAGCUGUCACGGAAGCAUUGAAAAUAAUUCUGUGCUUUGGUUGGUGGAAACUGAGAUGACUUUAUAAAUAACUAUGCAUCUUAUAAAUAACAACACACGGUUGCAUGAAAAUGGCAUAUGGGCUAGAACUGGCCAGUAGGUGUCAUGGUGAAUGCAGUUUUAAAUUCUCUAUAUUGGGGUUUCCAACCCUUUUGGGCUCAGGGGCACAUUUGGAAAAUGUUAGAAACUGUCACGUGAUGACAAAAUACACGUGUUGCAGAAGAAAAGCUGGUGAUACACCAAAACCCGACAAAUAACCCACAUACUUCCUAAAACAAAUAAAACACAAAAAGCUGAGCUCUCCCUCUCCCAAGCAAAAUGCUCACAAUCCAAUGGCAAAACCAGGCAAGGCAAUCUGCAUCCAAGCAAAAGAAAAAUCAGUUCUCUCUCUCUCUCUCUUUGGCGAUCACUCAUAGCUGAGUAAUAUUGUCUUCCAUAAACACGGUUUUAACAAUGAGUCCGUACCACAAACACACAGAGCCCCCUCCAAAAAGCAGAUAACCCCAACAUACAAACACAAAAAUCAGGUGAAACACACACCAAGAAACAAAAAAAAUUCUGGCAAAGUGCCACCAUUUGGAACCCAGAGGCUUUCCUAGUGGAAAGGGAGGUAAAAGAGCCAGGGUAGGGUGGCUUUCCAGUCAGUUUAGCAUCACCAAUGGUAAUGAAGAAAGCUUUUUUUUUAAUAGAAAAAAUUAGGAGAGUCGGGUGCAAUGGUGGUCACCAAGUGGGCAUCAUGGUGCCUGAGGGCAUCACAAUGGGGAAUUGGGGAAUUAAUGGGCAUAGCCAAGGGAGUAAAUAAACCAGGUAAAUAAAUAGAAAUACUUAACUAGCCGGCCAAUUGCAUCACAGAAAAUUCUGUUCUGCCCGCCCCCCCCAAACAUAAAGCCUGCCCCUCUAAAAUAAAUCCUGGCUACACCCAUAUUUAUAUUCAUCAAUCUUAAUUGUUCUACACAAGCUUCUGCAAUGUGUUUUUUCCAGGAUUCCCAAUUUCAGACCCAAACUAGUCAUGUGCUAUCAGCCACAUGUUGUGGAAUUCGACAGAGAAGGCUGAGAUUUCUAUGAAUUGAAUAAAUCAUGUUUAAAGAGUUAAUGAGGCAUUUAAUUAAUUAACCAUAAAACUCUACAUUGUUACAUCUCAUGGUUAAUGACACUGGAUGAAAUCCACUGGGAACUUCUCUAGUUCUGUGGCAAGAGGCUGAGUGUAUGCAGAAUGGGUGCCCUCCUUCAGGGGUCUUCGUGCAGAUUGAAUGAAUGGGAGUUCAGCAAAGGCAUAUGCUCGGGGUUUAUGGGGUGGGGGUGGGGGAAUGACAACUAGACCUGACAAUUUCUGACAUGCGUGUCACUUAAAUAUAGGCAAAUGCUUAUUGCCUGUUGAUUUAAAACUCGGAAUUAGUCCCGAGUUUUCUGUGCUAAUGUUUUUUGUUUGAAAGCCAAAACUCUGGAUGGUCCACAGCUCAGUGUGGCACAAUGCAUAGAUUGGGCACAGAAAGAGGCCCAGGGUGCAUCUAGAUAAGGUCUUGCAAUCUCAAAUGGAUCAUUUAGAAACUGCAAAUGGUUCAUUUGCAACCUUAAUGAAUUUUCCGCAGAAGGGAUAAAUCCAGCUUAAAUGGAGAAAAAUAAGGGCCGAGCAAUUAGAUGCCAAUGACAUCGUGUGGCCUCUGUGAAUUGCUUGCAUGCAUGAGCUCCAUUGAUCCCACAACACUGUCAGUCCCUGGGAUUUCCAGGCAAUGGAUUUGGGGUUGCAAGGCUGAGAAAGAGCUAGUUGUCGAGCUUAGCUCUGUUGCAGAGUCUCUGCCAGCCAGAGUAGAUGAUGCAAGCUAGCUGGACCAAUGGCCUGAUUCAUUACAAGGCAGUUUCAUAUGUUUAAAAGCACCCUUUUUUUAGUUCAGUUUAAAAUUAAACAAGUGGCAGUUGUUUGUACUAACAAACUGCCCACUCACAGAUGAUUUGGUACUGUUUCUGCAAGCCAGAAAUGGAAGGAAAUGUAUGAAACAACUUUCCCCAGAUUUUUAUUUUUUAAUUGAAUUAUAUUGCUCAUGUCGGUGCUGUUAGUCCCAGCCUGCUGUUUGGACCAGCAGAGAAAAGCCUGGCUACCAGACUGACAGAUUCCAUCAUGGCUGGCAUUGGGGUGGGGUGGGGUGGGCAGGGAACACUAUCUGGGAGAGCCUUUUAAGUUUUCCCCAUUUUGACAAGACAGACCUUGUUCAUAGUAUGUGGCUGAAGCACUUAGUAAUCCUAAAAGUCAUAUGACUGGACUUCUUUCUUUAGCUUGGACAGCCAGUUCAUUAGAUUCCUGUGAUCCACUUUAACCUGGUUAGCAAAGGCCUGCUACACGAACAGCUUCAUGCUGUAUCCUAGCUACCAACUCCUCAGGUCAGGUAUGUGAAGAGUGCAGAUUACUGUGGGCUUUCCGGCAGAUUUGGAACUGCAAGGAUAAGUCUGUGGCGCUGGGGAAAUGGGCUUCCUGCAUUUCACAAAGUGGACUCCAGUCCGUGGAAGCUUAUGCCGUAAUAAAAUAGGCGUCACAAUGCUCUUUAUUCUCUUUUCUUCUCUCUGCCUUUACUUGAGAACAAAAUGGUUAACUGAACUUGUGAAGGGUCCUGCUAAAUUGACAGCAUUUGUAUCGGGUUCCUUUCACAGCACUUUGUCACCUACUGAGGGCCAAUAGAACAGGAUCUGCUACCCCAGGCCUUUGUUCCAGGUGACUGAAGGAUCACAGUCUCAUUUUUGCAAAACCGCUUUGGUCCCCCCCCCCCCCCCUUACAGUCAUGCAGUAUACACAUUUUAUUUAAUAAAAGAACUAAUGAAAUGUUUCCAUGACUGUCAAGAGCUUGGGAAAUUUGCCUGUGAGCUUGAUUGUGUUAUCACUACUGCCAAAGCACUACCUUGGGUUCCAUGGUGCAAGAAAGGAAAGAUAUAAAUCCUGGGGUUGGGCUAGAUGACCCUUGGGAUCCCUCCCAACCCUACAUUCCUAUGAAAAUGUAAGGAGUGUGUAUGUGAGACACACGCACACACUCCCAAAAAAUUAUCUUGGUCGUUUUUGUUUCCAUAAAGGCAUCUCAAAUCAGUGAUAAAAAUGUAGACAAAGGCCACAGUAUUUAGACUAGUCUACUCCUUACCUUACCUUGGUGGCGCUGUGGUCUAAACCACAGAGCCUAGGGCUUGCUGAUCAGAAGGUAGGCGGUUUGAAUCAUCGCGACAGGGUGAACUCCCGUUGCUCGGUCCCUGCUCCUGCCCACCUAGCAGUUUGAAAGCUCAUCAAAGUACAAGUAGAUAAAUAGGUACUGCUCUGACGGGAAGGUAAACAGCGUUUCCGUACACUGCUCUGGUUCGCCAGAAGCAGCUUAGUCAUGCUGGCCACAUGACCCGGAAGCUGUACGCCGGCUCCCUCAGCCAAUAAAGAGAGAUGAGCGCCGCAACCCCAGAGUCAUCCACGACUGGACCUAAUGGUCAGGGGUCCCUUUACCUUUACUCCUUACCUUACCUCAUGGCAAAUUUCCAUCUGGCACUGCAAUGUGCACAGACCAUACCCUGUGUAGUCCAGCAUCAUGAUGUUGUGUUUCUUUGUUCAUGCUAGUGGCUGCCAUUGGCAUGGAGCAGAGGCAGGGAAACUCACAACAUGAUGGCUGCUCCAUGUCUUCAUGGUGUUUGUACACAUUGUGGCGCUGGGGUGAAACUAGUGACCCCAGGGAGCAGUUGAGGCACAGAUAAGUUAAAGUAUAGAUCAGCUCUAACAUUAUUUGGAAGGAAUUAAGAUUUCAGUAGUUAAUAUACAGGAUGCUGCAAAGAGGUUUAGUCGAACAAAAGCAGAAGCUGACCUGUUUUCUUCAGAAUCUAAAAGAAGAGAAAGGCUUAUGAUUAUACUUUCAGCGGCUAACAACGUUCCAUUCUGCCAUAGAGGAAAUAUUCAGGGUUACAAUAGCAGCUGUAAAAUGUUGGCAUCGCCAAGGCACCCUCCUGUUAGUUUGGAAAGUUACUUGUAGUAUGUGAACACCCUACAUCACAAUCUUAAGUAUGUUAUUUGCAUAUUCAUUCUGCUCCUGAGACUUGCUUAUAAAUAAAUGGGUUGAGAUGCGGAGCUGUUUGGGUUCUCCGAAUCUUCCUUUGGGGGCUAGUGGCUUGUUUUGUUUUUCUAAGUUUCGACUUCUUCAACGGGGAGAAGAGCUGUGUGGUUUCUUCCCUUCUUCCUUUUGUUACUCCUUAAUAGCCCAAUGAGAAGGGUAUUCCCAGCAUGUUAAAGUAAAGGUAUGCAUGUCUCCACAGCAACAAACAACAUGGUCUGUUUUCUCUUGCUUCUCUUUUCCAGGAAGUGGUUCUGUAUUGUUUGGAAAACAAAGUCUGUGAUGUAAAUCAUCGUGACAAUGCUGGUUAUUGUGCCCUGCAUGAGGCCUGUGCCAGAGGCUGGCUGAGCAUUGUGCGACAUCUCCUAGAAUAUGGAGCCGAUGUGAACUGCAGCGCUCAGGAUGGAACUAGGUUAGCAACACUUCAGUUACUAAGAGUAAAUGGCCACUGCUUUUGUCCCGCAUUAAUACACAGCUGGGUUGAUGUCACCAAUGGCUUUGAAAUUAUGUUUAAAAGAAAUGUCGCUUUUCUCCAACAGUUGAGGCCUGGAGUCUCUCAAACUUCCGGAACUUGCUAAUUGCAUUCUACUGCAUAAAAUUUGGUUCCUCAAAAAAUGCUGUGUCCUCCUUUUGCAAAUUUAGGCUGCAUAUCUAUCCACAUUUAAAUCCUACUGGAAACAAUAUAGCCUGGUUUUGUGGGAGGUCCAGGUGGCUAGUCACUCACAAUUCUUGUUCUGAUAUUUGAGAAACUAUACUGGACAAUAACAUUCUGCUAAGAAUUUCUGAUAUAUUCCUCCCCUCACCCUACCUUGUACGCUUUAAUUUUCUGUGUUAAUUCUCUUUGUUAUGUGCCUAACUCUUUUUCCAUUAGGAAACUGUUUGUGGCUAUAAUUGUUAUAGGAAUAGGAUCUCUUGCAGUUUUACUGAACAGUUGAAAGAUACUACUUUUUAGUCCUGUUUAUAUCUUACUUAUACUUCUAAAUAUCUUUUUAAAUAUCAAACUGGUCAAAAGUGCAAGUAAUUUGUACACACACCUUAUAAUUUAGUGUACAACAUUGCUUAAUUUUACUCAUUCUUAGUGAUAUGCAGGGAAAUCACUUUCUUCAACCUUUUAUCCUUCUACCCAUGCCCUCUAAUGGCGAUGUCUUUUUCUAAUUAUUAAGUCCUUCCUCUUUUUCUUUUUGAUUCACUAAACAUUUCUGUGCAUAAUGUUGAUAAUUGUUGCUUUUAAAUAAUUGUUGCUUUUAAAUUACUGUACUAAGAUACAAGAUGAAGGGUGCCUUUUGGAGUUCUUCCAUUUGAAUGUUUUAUCAUUUACCACCAAACCUGACAGCCCAAGGACAUUAAAUUAGCAUGUCUGUGAGCCAAGAGCUCUUAAGUUAUUGGUCUUUGCCUAUCAACUUGCAAUAGUCAAAAGAUUUCAAGAAAACACACACCAAAGAUUUAAUCUUCGUUAAGGUGGCCUAUUACUCUUGAGCACUCUGUCAUUAUCUCCUUAUCAGUCUAUAGGAGCAUGCUUCCUGGAAGGAAGAACAGUGAAAGAGGCUUGGACAAGGGGGUCAGCCUCUUUUCUUUGGUCUUAGGCCCACCCCCUGGCCAGCCAUCCAUUGUCCUCUCUGGCCUAGGGUGGGUCAAAGGCCUGCCCAAGCAGGUGGGUGGCACCCGCCUAGGUGAGCCCUGCUCAGUGCUGCAAACCCCACCCACCUGUGGGGAAGGGAGGGUGGAAAUUGUCCCUUCUCCCCAUCUAACUAAAUCUCUGAGGCUGGGCAGGCCCCCCCUGUGUGGGGUUUUUUAUUGAGCGGGUCAAGCCACUCAGACCUCCUUAGCACCAUAAAAAGAAGGUGCUUGUAUCUCCUUGAAAACUGGAGAUUUGGCAGCCACUUCUUUUCUAUAAUGUGCAAAGCUCCAGGACCAUAAUUCAGCAGUAGACAGCACCUGUUUUGCAUGCAGAAAGUCUCAGGUUCAACCCGCCGGAUAGGACGGGGAAUGUCCUCCUGUCUCAGACCCCAGAGAGCUUCUGCUGGUCAUCACAUAGACCAUACAGAACUAGAUAGGCCUAAUGGCCUGACUCUGGGUAAGGCAGCGGGUUCUUAUGCUUCUACAUUAGCACUGUUUCUUAACACCAGCUUCCUGAGCAUUUCUUACAUGGCUAAAGGUUGACAUACCCUUUCACCUACCAAGCACCAGAAUCUCUCAUUGCUUAGUGCUAGGGUGCCCUCUACCUGCCCUCCCACGAUGUAGGAGCAGCAACCACUGGAUUAAGUACACACCCACCACCCUCCUUGCAUGGGCCUUCCAUUUCCAUCCUUUGCUGCCGCAUGAUGUGCUGUGAAGUGGAGCUCAGCAGAUGCAUUUGUCUCCCUUUCCUGCUGGACCUGAGAGUCAAAUCCGCAAUGUUCUGCCUCUACAUUUUCCUCUCCCAUGUAUUUGAACGUGACUUCCCUGGCUCCCCACUCCAUCACGAAAGUGACACAGGCGACAGCAGGAAGGAAGUGCACAUGUAUGUCUGGGUUUAACGGUGCUCUUAUCAAGGUAGCAGGCGCAGAUUCAGAGCCCCCAAGCAGCAAUGCAAUGGUAUUCUGCAUUACUGGUUUGUUUUUUUUACUGUAAAUCACUGCUUUGAUAUGGAAAACCAAUGUAUGAACCAUCCUAUGGCAAAGUGAAUAUGGCAUCAGCAGUGCUAGCAUUGCAUAGAACGAGGUUGUGCAAACUCUGUAAUUUGAUGUUGACAAGGAAAGGAAAUGCAAAUUAUCAGUGGGCAUGUUUGGAUUGGGGAUCCCAGCAACCACAGAAUUUAAAACAGGGGGAGAGGGUACUUUGAGAUCUCAGCACAACUCUGUAGAACAGGCUUCCUCAAACUCGGCCCUCCAUAUGUUUUUGGCCUACAACUCCCAUGAUCCCUAGCUAGCAGGACCAGUGGUCAGGGAUGCUGGGAAUUGUAGUGUCAAAACAUCUGGAGGGCCGAGUUUGAGGAAGCCUGCUGUAGAAUCCAUGCAAUGGGACCACUUGGUGCAAACCACAUUGCAAGGUUUUGUACGUCCACCAGCUGUGGUAUAGAAAUCCUGUGUCCAUGCGCUGUUUUCAGUGAUGAGAGUUUGUCUUCCAAGAUUCACAUGCCAUCCCCACAACAGCUACUCUCCUGGAACUAUAGUAUUCUGGGAGCUGCCGUCUCCCGAGAAUGAGCCUAGCAAGCAUAUUGUGGUCUCCAGGCUGGCACUUCUCCUCAUAUUUGUGACUUAAGUGUGUAGCAGUGAUGUCUUGCACAGAAAGGCAUCGGUAUUAGCCUUCAAACAGCUGCUAGUAGUCAGUUUAUCUUGACCUAUUAAGUCCUCUUUGUCUUGGGCCCAGCAGGCCGAUCAAACACUCCUCUCUCUCUCUCUCUCUCUCUCUCUCUCUCUCUCUCUCAUCUCUCUCAAGAUUUGCCAAAGAGGCCCCACCCUACUAAAAAGCUAAUAUCAUUUCAAGGGGGAAUGUCUGUGAAGGAGCAGAUCAAGGCUGUCUUCUUUCUUUAGAGACAGGUCUUCCAAGUAUGGCUUUUGUUGCACUUCGAUUGUUUUCAUUCAACAGAGAUUAUGUAUAUAAAAUGCAAUCAGAUUCACUCGUUCAACAGAGAUUAUGUAUAUAAAAUACAAUCAGAAUCUAUCAGGUCCUUGACUGUUCUGAAUUUUAAAGAAACAGGAAAUAAAUUCAGGCUCCUCGCAACAAUUUGUCACUGCCCCAAGGAGUGGGCAGAAACACCCUCCCAUGUUCCUAGUGAGUCGUGCCUUGUUGUCCGGAUAAGCCCCAAAAUGGUUGGUGUGUUGAACAGCGUGUGUAGGAUUGCAUCCCAAAAUCAUCCACAUAUAGGAGCUGGGAGAAAAUCCAGUAGGGUUUUCUGCCCUGUUCCAUCUGACGUGCAACUUGAUCUGUCCUCUGUAAGUGUCCUUGAGAGUUUUGAGAGUUCUCAUCGGAUGUCUUUCUAUUUAUCUGUAAUCUUGAACCUUUCGUGCACUUAUCAGAGUGGGAAGUGGAAGGACCCCAGCUUCUCAUUCCCUACUUUCACAAUCCCACUCCCCUUCCGGGCGGUUUUAAAAUUUGCUGUUGAGAUGCAUUUGUUUUUAUGAAAUUCCUAAUUCCCUUCACAGUAACAAAUGCAUGUGCUUGGAAUGAGCUACCAUCUCACUCAGAUUCACAUUGAUUUGGCUACACAUGCUGAAAAGCCACGACUCAUCACGCCAGGCUACUUAUGCCUUUCAUUUCCCCCAACCUGGUGCCCUCCAGAUGUUUUGAAUUAAAACUCAUUAGCCCCAGCCAGGAGUUGUAGUCCAAAACACAUUUGUGGCUGGCAGGACCGGGCUAUGUUGCUUCCAAACACUGCACUUCACUGCCAGUUACUGAGAAGAGGAGCGGCAAGGCGUGUGUGUAUGUGUGUGUGGUGUGGGCUGCAGCAUCAGGAACAUCUGCAUCCACACUGAGCUCCCCUGCCGCCUUGUCCCUCCCUCUUGCAGCUGCAGCUGCCAAACACAUCUGGAGGGGAGCAGGUUUGGCUGCAUUUGACCCACUGGCUUCUCCUUCUCUCCUUUCCCAUUUCAUCAGUGAAAUAACCUAUUGUUAUCAAUUCAUAUAUUUGCAUACUGCUUAAUAGUAAAUCAGUUUCUAAGCAGUUUACAAAAUAACAAAUGACAGCAUGUAUAUAUAUAACAAACAACGAACCUGGAAAAACUAGUAUUAUACAAUACAAAACGACAACACAGUGCCAUAUAAAACAAAAUCUACCCAAAGCAAAAACCCAGCAGCAUGUUUUGGAAAAAAUCUUAAGUGUUAGGGACUGCUUCCCUCUUCAGCCUCCCUCUUGCCAUUUUCACUUUGUGAUUGGCAGCUGUGUGUGUUAAGGGUUAGGAAGAUGAAUGUGAUUUUUUAAAUGGGCAGUUUUCAAGCAGCUUGUGGGGGGCAGGUCUCACCUUAAAAGUUGGGUAUCAUAAAAGUGUCUUCAAUUCACCCCACGCCACCCCAAGGAACUAGACUUUUUCACAGGAAAGUAUACAUAUUCUACUUACUUACAACUAUGUAUGACUCGUUUUAUAUAUUGGUAUAUAUUUUUUCUAGGCAAUACUCUUCCAUUUAUUAUGCCUCUCAUAAUUAUAUAUUAUAUUAUUAUAUUAUAUUAUAUUAUAUUAUAUUAUAUUAUAUUAUAUUAUAUUAUAUUUAUUAUCCUGUUGCCCUGACCUUCCAUGUUAAUAUCUCUGCACAGCAAUCAUGAUGGCAGAUAGAUUUAGCCCAUUUUCCUUUAAGAGAGGAACAUGGCAAAACGCCUUCGUGUUUUUUUCUUACUGUAGGUCUGCUGGCUCAUGAGCUGACAUCCUGUAACAGCUAAUUUUUAUGAGAGGAGCGGGGUGGGACAUUGCCACUAGGUUACACCCAACCUAAUGUUCUUCAGGGGAAGCCUUGCACUGAGAUAUUAAAAACCGCCAACCGAAUCAAGAGGUCACUUAUGUCAUGUGAAAUAUCUUGUCCGGUAAAUGGACCAGGGCAAUUUAGCUAGUGGUGUGUGUAGAGCUUCAUGGGAAGGGCCUAGCUUGAUAAACUUGUUUUGGAUGCCAGGGGCAUGGGAAGUUGUAAUUGAAGGUAUGGCAUCUGAGCAUAUGCAGAGUGCCUUUCCCUUAGCACUCAGUGACUUCCCUCCCCCACUAUAUAUAUUUGGAUUCUAGAUCAAAAGGUUCAGCUUCCCCACAGCUUAAACUAUGGUGAACUGCAUCCCACUCGCACAACCAUUGCUCAAUUUCUGUUUCUGUAUGGAUAUUUAACUUCUCUGCAACCUGAUACUGAAGCUGCCCUGUCCUGUUUGAUGCCCCAAAAGACCACUGUGCUUCUUUGGUGCUUGGUAGCUGCUGUAGAUUAAAUGAACCAAAAGAUGGUGUUGUGCAUGUAGUCUCAACCAUUAAGAAACUUAAAAUGAGUUUACCUAGCUAUGUGGUCCAAUAUUAUCUAGUCUUAUAUUUACUUUAGGGUGGCUUUAUUAUUACUUGCUGGAUAUAUAAAAUGUUUGCUAGUAUAAUCUCUCCCUUGCCCCCUUGCUCCUGUUGUCGCUUUCCAUUACUUCUAAGUUUGCUCCCCAUUCAGUUUUACGUAGCCUCUUUCCUGUCCUCUGGCUCUCAUACACUAAGAUGGAGCCUGUCAAUGGGGUCAGGAAAUCCAGACAACUUGGUUAGCCACUGGUUGGUGUGUGUGUGUUAAGAGAGAUUGGGUUAUGAGGCCUGAAGAGCAGCUGCUUCCUGUGCUGGCUGCCUGCAACAGCUGAGAUAGGAAGCAGUUCUUGCAGGUCGUGAGGCUGGUGGGAGGAUGAAUGAAGCUACAGCCUAGGAAAGGCAGCUGCUGUUGAGAGUGAUGUGAUCUCUAUAGGCAGGGAGCUGGGGAGCGACUGCAGUAGAACCGACUCUGUGUGCCGCAGCCAUAAUGGGAACUCAGGCCAAGUCUUCCCCCAGAGGAAUUACCAUGAGCACAGCAGGGUCUUUCAGUAUCUCCCCCUCUCUUAAGCCUGAGCAGGUGUGCAUGCCUUGUGGUCUUGAGGUACUCCUGUUUUCUGUACCAGAAAAAAACCUGCUCUCUCGUUUAAAACUGGGAGAAAGCACUCGCUAGAUCAGAGUUGCACAGAUUUGCUGGAUAAAUUUUGCCCUUUCUAGAAGUGGCAAGGACUGGGAUUUCUAAAGCGUUCCCCCAGUUCAUAGGGGCAUCCAGUUUUUGCUUUCGUCGGCCUUGUUUUGCUGGUCACCAAUCUAAAGGUUGCAGGCAUCUCUCUGUCUCUGAAUGGCAUGAUGCCCAUAUGCACUUCUGGGGGGAAUUUGUGCAAAAUACGUGUGUUGCUGCUUCAUUGCACUGGUGUAGAUGCUUUGCCAGGCCAUUAAGGUUGUCUGCUUAGCUCCCUGUGCUGCUGCGUUUGCCUCCUAUACAGCAAAUGUGUGGAAGACAGUUGUAUAUUCAGUGCACAGCAGCCCUGAACAAUUUGCCAUUCCCAAACAAAUGCAGCCCCCCCAGCUCUGCAUGCUGCCUGCCAAUUUCUUCACAAUCCCGUUUUUACUAUCCUAGGCAAACAGCGAGAGCAGGAAUUUUAUUGUCUCCCUAGUUGGUGGCUUUCAAAACCUGUGCUGCUCUGCUUAUAGCAAAUCUGUAUAUAGCUCAUAACUUCCUACUUUCUGUGCAUUUGAAGCUUAAGACCUCAGCCCUAAAUAAAAGUGUGUGUGUGAAAAUCUUAGGAAUUAUUGUGCAUUUAGAGUUGGCACAUUAUGUUCUGAAAUAGCUCAGCUGGUAGAGCAUGAGACUCUUAGUUUCAGGGUCAUAAGUCUGAGCCCCAUGUUAGGCAAAAGAUUCCUGCAUUGCAAGGGGUUUGACUAGAUGACCCUUGUGGUCCCUUCCAACUCUUAUGUUUCUAUGAUUUCAGGAAUGUUGCUCUCCUAAGCUAGCUCCAGGUUUUUAUGUGCAGGAAGGAGGCUGGCAGUAGAGCCUUCCAGUCCUAUUUUGUUAUCAGACAUAUGGGGAAAACUAAAAAGUUUUUUUGAGUGUUGAAAGUGUUUCCCCUUGCAUUUGUAUCAUCACAGCCAGCUUCAUAUCCAAGUCUAACACUGAUGAUCAUGGCCAUAUACGCACACACAUACACAAAUGCACCCUGUACACACAUACACCCACACCCACACCCAGACCACCAUGCAUAGCCCUGUACAACAAUUUUAUUAAGUGACCUCAAGGUACCAAACAUGGAAGCUGAAUAGAAUUCGGUGGUUGUUAAAAAUGGGAGUUUGUUUAAAAGAUGAGAUUGAAGUUACUUGGUCAAAGUGAUCACAGUAGGGAUUAAUCUCUGAUGCCUAUCUUUAAGGGAGCAUGCCAUUUAAUAUAGUAUGUGUAUUCAUUUGCCAUGUAAGCUUUGUUUACUUCCUGAAGUUAACAUUUCAUUUUAAAAUGUUGAGACAAGCAAUUAGUAGAUGGUCACCCACCAUACCUUAUGAUAAAGAUAAUGGUGUUUUUGCUUCAGAUGGAAACAAAACAUGUCUCGGUACAGUACGUGAAUUUGAAACGAAGGUGUCCUUUCCCCCUUCCUGCCCCCAGGCCUGUUCAUGAUGCUGUGGAAAAUGAUCACCUGGAAAUUGUCCGAUUACUACUUUCGUAUGGUGCUGAUCCAACGCUUGCAACAUACUCUGGUCGAACGAUUGUGAAAAUGACACACAGCGAACUAAUGGAAACGUUUCUAACAGGUGUGCAACACUAUUACUUUGUUUCUUUGUUUAUGGAAGUCAUCGGUCAGACUACUGACUAGGGCAAGACAGUCGAAGCCUAUAAAAGCAAUUCUGGUAUGACUGCAGUGGAUACCAAUUAGUUUCUGGGUUCAGUUCAAAGUGCUUGUUUUUACUCAAGAUCCCAGUACCCAAAUUGCUGCUUCUCUGUGGAGGAACUUACCUGGGCCUGUGUUUGACUUUUGAGGCAAACCUCUGAGGGAGGUGUGGAGGGUAGCAGCACGGGAAUGGGCCUUUUCAUUGGUGGCUCCCUGCUUGUGGAAUGCUGUCAUAAGGGAGGCCGGCCUGAUGCUGUCAGUAUCCAUUUUUAGAUGCUAGGCAAAAACAUUUCUAUUCACUCAAGCUUUUUGCCUCUUAAUAUGGAGGGUAUUAAGUAUAUCUCUCUUUUUUGCUCAUCUUAGUGGAUUGAGUUCAUCUGCCACAUACAUGGUGUGCUCUUUAGGUUUUUAUUUCUGCUUUGUUUUAAUGUUUGCUUUGCGAUGUGAGACUCUUUGGGUCAUUUUUUGGUGAAAAACGCAACUAAUAAAUGCAACAGGUAAAUAAAUAAUUUUCUACCAAAGUCGAUGAUUCACCUUAGGGAACAGCAAUACAAACUCAGGCUGUAAAAUUUAGUCCAUUAAUUGGUUAGUUUAGAACAGAAAUACAGGUCUUUUAGGACUUCAGAAGCACUGUUAUGAAAACAUAACCACUAUGUUAUAUAAUAAUAUGCCAUUGGAUUUAGGCUGCAACCAUCAAUACAUUUAUGAGAGAGCCAGACCCAGGAUUGUGCUGUUAGCGGCAUUAAAAGAUGCAAUACCAACAGCUUGGUCUUGCUAGCAGGUCAAAGGGUCUUUCCCACCCAUCUGGCAAAAGUGGUGAGGGUAAAAUUACAAUCCUUUGGGGCUCUGGUGGGAUGAAAUGCAAAAUUCAGGGGAGUUUACAGCAAGAAGGCAGAGAUUUACUAUGGUCCAUAUGCUUCUUUUCCUUCCUGCCCAUCAAAGCUUCAUGCAGCUGGGAGUAUUUGAACCAUUUUCUACAGAGCAGCCCAGCUCACUGUAAUAGGCUUUGUUUCCUUUCCUUUUUUUAAAAAACAAAAUAAAAUCCUGCCUAUUUAAAAAUGUUACUUCCAAGGGUUACUUUUGAGGCAGUUAAGAAUUAAAACAAAACAAAAUAAUAAAACCUAAUCAAAACCAGCAAUAAUAAAUAAAUAAAUAAAUAAAUAACAAGCAGUAUAAAAUCAAAGAAAAGCAGGCCUGGAGCAAUAAAACAAGGUACAAGCAGACGGAAUUGAUACUCUGAAAGGUCAAAUCAGAUGCUGUUCAAAAGCCUAAGGAACAUGACUUGAUAUUGCCUGGUACCUAAAAGAUAAUAAGGAAGAUGUUAAGCACAUGUGCUGGGGAGGGACUUGCAAAGUUUGGGCACAGCCACUGAAAAGGUCCCCUCUCUGGUAGCUACUCCUCUAACCUCAGAAUAAUGUAGGGAUGUCUGGAAAAGUGUCUCUGAGGCUGGGUGAGUUCAUAUAGAGCACAUGUAAUCUAUAGCAAGAUUAAUCUAAGGUCAUUGUAGCCUCUGUGUUCAGAGGCUGUUAUAGGAAUGUGCCAAAUGAGAAUGCCGAGGACAGGAAUGGAAAAGGACAGAAGAGAUAAGUAGGUGGAAACAGGAGAAGGGUUUUAGAAAGGAAGUAAGAUGAGAGAUAGUGUCUCAUUUGGGCAUCUGUAGUGGACUGAUCAAUAAAACAGAUUACAUUGUAUUCGAGAGCUUUGCAAAAGCAAAACUUCUUAGAGUAUGAAUAUUGUGACGCUUUAUGACAAGAUUGUCUGCAAAACUUGCCGACAUUUUGUUUUGACUAAAUUUGUUGUUAUUGUUGCUGCCCCUAGAGUACUUAACUGACCUGCAAGGUCGAAGUGUCGAUGACCCUGGCUUGUCCUGGGACUUCUAUGGCAGCUCUGUGUGCGGUGAGCAAACAUUCCUUUUUUGUAUUAUGCAUGGGGUUUUUUGUGUGGGUGGGUGUAUAGGAGGUGCAGGUGGAAAGCCACGCAAGAUGCACAUUUUACUGUAUGUUUCACGCUGGUUCUAAUUUCUUUUUUUCUUUUUCUUUUAAAUAGAGCCAAAGGGGGAAACAGGUUUUGACAUCCUAUCUAAUCCACCUGGCUCAAGUGAUGAGGAUGAAGAUGGUCUUAGUGACAUCUUUGAGUUUGAAUUUUCAGAUGUACCUCUGUUGCCAUGCUAUAACAUCCAAGUGUCUCUUUCUCAAGGGUAAGGAAAUGGAGAUGGUAUAAAUAUUUGAGGUAGUUGUGAAGUCUUGUAAUUUUCAUGUAGCAUCUCCAAAUGGGCUUUGUGAUUCUUUUGUCAUUGGUUUUGGUGGAAAUGGGCUUUGGCUUGCAUUUUUUAUUUAUAUUCAGCUUCUGGGAGGGUACAAUCCACCCAUUGAAAUUGUUUGUGCAUCUCUCUUGAUGAUUUUGUGUGUCUGUAUCUGCAUGGAUUGUGUGCUGACUUAGAGCUACAUGCAGAACAAAAUCCACUCCUGUAUUUCGAACUGUUAUUAAAUGUCCCCAUUCCUGUCAACUGGCUACUUAAGAGUUCUUUUCACAUUUUUGCAAGGUCCAAGUAAAGUAUACAGCAUUGACUGCCUGACAUAGAGCUCUUUCUCGCCAAUAUCGCAAAAAAAGGGAAUGUGGCCAGUUACGCAGUUAUUACUGACAUAAUUGAAAUGACUGAAGCCCUUGUGCCAUCUUACUGGUAAUUUGAACUUCUUUCUUUACUUUGUUCUAUAGACCACGGAAUUGGUUGCUGCUUUCUGACGCAGCAAAGAGGCUGAAAAUGUCGCCCCGGAUAUUUCGUAGCAGUUUCCCAAGCGUGGAAGUUGUCAGCAUCAUGGAGGCGGAAUUUUUCAAACAGGUAUCUUUGAGUCAGCUGUUCUCUUGCCAAAAGGAUCUAGAAGCUUUCAACCCGGAAGGCAAGGAAAUGCUGGACUUGGUGGAAUAUACAAGUGAGCUACAGACUUUGCUGGGAGCUUCACUCGAGUGGUUGCAUCCAGAUGAGGAUAUGGAUCAUUGGUGA